ACACCCGGAAGAGAAAAAUGGCUACUGCUGCAUUCAACUAUUCCAGCAGCACAAACAAAUAUCAUAAACACAUUCUCACGAGGAAAAUAUUUCUAUAAUAAUAUUUUGAACGACAGGAGACACAUAUGUUCAUAUUAAUGCGUUUUAAUUAUAAUGAACUACCCCCCGGACACUAAUGAAAAUUUACUGCGGUAAGUAGUCGAGAAACGACGAUGAAAAUGAAAUAAUUUUAAAUUAAAUAAAAAAAAAAAAAAAUUUAUAAAAUAUUAAAAUGAUUUAAAUGAAUUUUUAAAAAGAUUAAAUUCGAAGGCUUUUUGCAUAUGCCAUGCAUAUACUAAGAAUCUUAGUUUAGUAUUUUAUCCAUUUUAAUUUAGACUUAUAUUAGUUCAUUUGUCUAAUGACAAAAAAAAUAGCUUUUUUCUUCCCCUUUUUACUUUUAAGUUACUGUGAUUGAUGAUAUUGUACCUACUGUGUUAAUUAAUGGGCAAAUGCAGACAGUCAGGCAACAAUUUUCUGAAUUAGCCAAUUAAUCUUAUUUAUUAGUACUAGGAGGUAAUAAAAUGCUAGCAUUUAGUAGCAUUCCUUUAGUCUUUAGUUUAGCCCAAUGCCCAUUCAUACUCAAUUUGCUCAUAACUUUCAUUUUCAAUCAUUGAAGAAUCAUAACCUUAACUAACUCUUUAGUUAGAAUUAUGGUACUGGUAGUAAUGCUAGUAUUGUAAGCCUAUCCAGACAUGACAAAGCUUCAUUGCUUUGGCUGGCUUCAGUCAGCAGUUUAGUCUCAAGACACACUUUAACUUUAAUUACCUGUACUUAAAAAAAAAAAAUGACAAUGUUGAUAUCCUUAGACUGCCGAGAGCCCAAAUUUGUUUAAUUUUCAUGUUUAAAAAGUAUAUAGUGUGGACUUUGGUAUCACCCGGGGUCAAUCUGCGCAAUCAGCGCCACUUUGAGUUUCUGUGUAGGAUUCUCUCCCUUUUACCUUGUUUAUUCUUGGAUUCUUAGUAAACUUAGCUUUUCUUUUAUAAAUAUUAAUACACCCUUGGAAUUUUUUAAAUUAAUAUUACUAAUUACAAUGGGUGGUUAAUUAUAAUACUUAAAACGAGGCCAGCAUUUUGGAAUGGUAUUGAUUUUUCUGACAAAUUAUGGAUUUUAUUUUUGGUGGAAAGAGCAACUAAGUGUAACAGUGCAUUCAAUCAAACUGUGAGCUGCCUAUUCAUUAUUUUGAAUAUUUUAAAAAUUAUUUAAUCUUUUUAUUCAAAUUUACAAUUUUCUCACUACAGUACAGUGUGUAGUAACUGUAGUUGGCAAAAGAACACAUGGCUUUAGGAUUGAAAUUUACGCAUUUGUUAGAUGGGAUUAAAUUUAGAGGUGAAUUUAUGUCUAGUUUGGGGAGGGGGGGAGACUAAAAUUAUGGUGGAAUUAACUCUUGAGUUAGGGAUUUAGAUGGCAUUUACUAUUAUAUGUCAACAAGAAGUAAUUAGCGAAAAAUUUAAUAGCAUGAGCAGAAAAAAAAAUUAGAAUAACACUGCAUUGAAAAAAAGAUACAUUGACUUUUGUAUUCAACAUUCGGGAACAGCCUUUGGUUUUAUCCUGAAAAAUGUAUAAUUCCUAUGUUGCUGUUUGUAUGACUCUUCAAAUUUGUAUGUUCUUUGAAGGUUUUUUUAAUCCGACUAUUUCAAUUUUUUUAUAGCAUUUAAAUAAAGAAGAAAUAAAUUACAGCUAGUGCUCGACUUACGACCUAUGCAACUUAUGACUAUUCGACUUUAAGACCACAAUCACUAGCCAUAUUAGAUUCAGAUUUAUUUUUGCCUCAAUUAUCAGUCGAACAGCAUUGUCUGCAAUCAUCGGCAGUCGUUAACUAAAGAAAGGGAGGCAUGAUGCUAUGCUGCUGGCCAGCGUCAUCAAUUUCUAAGAAAUAACACAGUCACACUAGGUCCAUUAACGUCCCCAAGCGCGGCUAAAUCUUGUUGAUUGGAGAGCUCUUCAGAGUUUGAAAAUUUGAACUCCCAAAUUAUGAUUUAUAACAAUAAUAAAAGAAACUUAUGAUAUAAUUUAACUUAAAUAUUUUUAUAACAUCACUUCACAUUACUGUACACAUAGCGUACUCAACUUACGACCGGUCUGUCGGAACCGAAGUUCGUAAGUCGAGCACUAGCUGUACUACAUAAAACUUAAAGGUUAAUUUCAUGCAAUGUACACUGUAGGCCUUCUAAUAUUUAUUUUGAAUUGUGUAGCAAUAACCUGCAACAAUGACAUAAAAAAGAGAGAAUGAGGUCUACAAUAUUGAUUUAAAUAUAAAUCAAUUUUGCAAAGCUAUUUCAAUUUUUAUCCAACUUAAACUCAAAGUAGACCUAUUUAAUCAGGCACUGAACACAUAGUCCACUAUUGAAAUAAUUUGUUUUGAGAUACAACAUUUUUCCUGCCCUAACAAUGCAAACUCUUAUUUCCCAUUUAUUAUAUACUCUUCAGCAUGGUGUGUGAUUCUGCUAAUGAAUGUACACCUUUUAAGUACCCCAUUACAUCAUAAUAACAUGAAAGAGUUACUAUUAAAAAAUAAAAUUAGUUGUCUCUAUAAAAGAAAUUUUAAAUGCCACCACAAUUUUUACCUGAAAUAAAGUUUCAUUCUCAAUAAGUUUUCAUAACUAUUUUCCUUAUAGUUGCAUAGUUUGACAUUUUUGCUGAUCACACCUUACUGCCUCCAGCAUCCCCACUCCCACAAAGACUCUGACACAUUGGUUUAUAGAUUCAUUUUGAAAGGAGAAAACAUGUGGUUGUUAUUCAGAUAGCUCUUGUAUAUCGAAAGUAAGUUCUGGUUCUGGUUCUGAUAGUGUUUGUUGCUACAUCCAUAUACUGGCAUCUGUGCAACGGUUGGGGGAAAUGGUGUUGCUUAAACAUUUCAUAUACUUCUUCUUCUUCUUCUUCUAUAUCUUAAGGGCCCACGAUCAAUUUAUUGAUCAUUUUGGCUCCUAUGCAUGUAGAUGGGAUUUGCAAUGUUUCUGUUACUGGUGGUGAUGAGGAAAUUAUGCACUAGGGGUUUGAAGGCUUGAGGCAAUAGACACAAAUGUGUCUAGUGUUGUCGCCUCAACUGUUCCUUUUGAAAGAUGGUUCCAGUCCCUGAUUGUCUUGGGCAGGAAUGAGCAGCUCCUAUACUGGCUUCUUGCUGGUAUGAGCCUGAAUUGCCUGUCAUGGCCUCGUCGCUGUCUAUGGGGGAGAGGGACGAGUUUCUGUUUAAUACUGGAACAGUGGACCAGCCCAUUAUUUAUCUUGUACAUCAUGGAGAGCCUGGAUUGUCGUCGUCGUUUCUCCAAUGGUGACCAGCCUAGUGUUUCUAGCAUGCUGCCAACACUAGAGGUAUUCCUGUAGCGGUUUAGGACAAAGCGUGCUGCUCGUCGCUGGACCGCCUCCAACCUGUCAAUGCUCUUCUGGGUAAAUGGGUCCCAGACUGAAGAUGCAUAAUCUAAAAUCGGACGGAUAAAGGCUUUAUAUGCUCUUUCUUUCACACAGGAGUUGCCAAUCUUUAGAUUUCGCCUUAAGAACCCCAAGGCUUGGUUUGCUUGGUUACAUACAUUGUUAAUAUGCUCGUCCCAGCGGACCUCUCUUUGAAUGGUAACACCCAGGUACUUUACGGAGGAAACUUGCUCAAGAAUAUGGCCGUGCAGUUUGUAUUGGUAGUGUAGAGGAGUACAACUUCUAGAGAUUGAUAGUGUCUGGCACUUGGCAGGGUGAAAUUCCAUGUCCCAGCUCAUCUCCCACUCAGCUAACAGAUUGAGAUCCUGUUGUAGCUGGUCCUGGUCAGAUCUGUUGGCGAUCGUCCUAUACACUGCUGUGUCAUCUGCAAACAGUCUUGCCUGUGAUGUCAGUUUCUCCGGUAGGUCAUUAAUGUAUGCUAGGAACAAACAGGGGCCCAGGACUGAUCCCUGGGGGACCCCUGACUUCACAUUGACAAAGGAGGAGCUUGUACCGCCCACCACUACUGCUUGGCGUCGGUGGCUGAGGAAGCUAGAGAUCCAUGUUUUAGUGGUGCCUUGAAUCCCAUAUAUCUGGAGUUUGUGUAGAAGCAAACUAUGAUUCACCCGGUCAAAUGCUUUUGCGAAGUCCAUUACUAGCACGUCAGUCUGCUUGUGGUUCUCCAGAUUGGUCAUCAAGUCUUCUACAAAUUCGAGAAGCUGGGUCUCACAUGACCUAUUGACUCGGAAGCCAUGUUGACAGUCAUUGAGUAUAUUUUUGCUUUCAAGAUGCUUCAUGACAGAGCUUACGAUUAUGUGCUCCAACAAUUUGCAGACGACGCUAGUGAGGGAUAUCGGACGAUAGUUGGCAGGGUCGGAAUGCUCCCCUUUCUUGUAAAUUGGAGUGACAUGCGCUGUUCUCCAGUCUGCUGGAACAUUUCCUGUGCAUAGUGACGAUUGGAAGAGGAUUGUCAGUGCAGGAGCGAUUUCUUUGGCCAAUUCUUUGAGCACUCGUGGUUUAAUGUUGUCAGGACCACAUGCUUUGUAAGGGUUAAUGGUAUUGAGGAGGGCAAACACACCUUGUUCUGAUAUCUGGAUAUCUCCCAUGAUAGGAUAGGCUCUGUUCAUCAUUUUUGUCUUCAGAAGGAACUCAGUCUCAGAGUACUCUCUACCGUCACCAAAGACCGACUGUUACUUAAAUUUACAACAGGAAGUACAGAACCCAAACAGUCACACACAUUUAUGAUUAUUGAAUAAUGAAAAAAAAAACAACUUACAGUGGAUAUAUGACUCCAUGCCAAGCUCAUGGUUAUCGUUCUAUUUAGAUGAAAAUUUAGUUUGUAUAUAUACAUGCCUACAAAUCGGUGUAAUAGUAAGCUGAACUAGAAGUUGUCAGCCAGGCUUUUCAAAAACAAAACUGAUUUAUUUUAAUUACACUGAAUUAACAGAAAGAAAUCUUCAUGAAAGUAGGUUUUGCUUGCUACAAACCUUUUAAGUUUUUUCCUUUAUUUUUUGGGGUUGAAAUAAAGCAAAACAAUUGUUAAUAGUGCAGUUUGUUUCAAAGUGUUGUCCAAGAAUCAAUAAUUUUUUUGUUUAUUAAUGAUGAUAACACUUAAAUUUUAUAUAAUUUUACUAUUUAUUAUUUACUAAUUAGGAUGAGCUCCUACCCCACUGAAUUUACAUUCAGGCAGAAUCAUUAAAGAUUCAAGCCAGCAGAAGUGCCACACCCAUUUAUUCAGGCAAGUGGUCUGUAUAAACAUUCUGAAAUUACUGUAGUAAAAUAUUGUGAAAUACAAAAUGUAUAUUUUUUAAUCCCUUCCAAAUUUUUUUAUUUCAUAUAAUAUAACCCAUUAGCACAACUUCAUGGAGUGUUUUCCAUUAGCUGUCAGCAGUUUUUAUUUCUUUGUUUUAACUGUAUCCAUGAUCUGGUUAUUGAUUUUUUUAUCAUAAGCAAACUGUGCAAUAAAACAAAUUAUCAUAUUCAGAUUAAAUACCUUUGAUUUUUGUAUGUUUUUAAAGUGUGAUCGUAUGUUUUAAAAAGCAUUACAUGAAAAGUUAUGUUGCACAUUUUAAGUUCUGUUUGUAUUUAAUAUUAUGAUGAGCUUGUUAGUCUCUUCUUUUUUUCCAGUCAGUACAUUUUAGGAUUAGACAAUACUAGAACCAAAAUGGCAUCUGCUAUGGUAAAUGGAGGGCCUCUGACUCCAGAUCUUGUUGAGGUAAUGAGGCUACUUGAAAUGGGUCUGGUGACCACAAUCUUCUUUUAUCGAAAGCGUCCAGAAAGGAAAACAUUGAAAGUCAAAUUAGAAAGUCGCCAAUUAAUGUGGAUAAAAAAUCAGGCAGGCAGACCAGAAGGCAUAGGUAAUUUAAAUCAUUUCUUCAAUUAUCUUAGAUAUUUAAUAAUGUAAAAAUGUACUUAAUAAUCUAAUCUAUAUAUUAUAAUUUAUAAACUUUUUUUUUUUUUACAGUUUUUUUUUGCUUUUACUCAUUUUUGAAAUCACCAUUUAUUUGAAAUAUAUUAACUGGGUCUCGUAUACUUUUCUCUUUAAAGAUUUUAUUAUUGUCUUCCUUUUUAUUUUAGCAAAUCUUCGAGAUGUUAAAGAAGUUAGAUGUGGUAAAAACUCAAGAGACUUUGAAAAGUGGCCAGAAGAGGCUAAGAAAGUAGACAGUCGCAUGAGCUUUACUGUCUACUAUGGCAAUGAUUUUAAACUCAAGUCUUUAUCUGUAGUGGGUGAGUAUAAUAACAAGUCAUUAGAGAUGUUUUGUAACAAUCUAAAUGGAAAUGACUCGAAACCCAUCUUUUCUUCUGUAUCUGUAUUGUCAGUUAUGGGAGAUUCAGGUGUUUUUAGUAUACACUGCAAGUAUCUCUUUUAGAUUAUGAUCAUUGAUUAUAUGAAAAGAUCAUUUAACAUGUGCGCAUGUAAAAGUUCAAUUGAAAGCUCUCCCUUUGGAAAAGUUUCUUGACGUUUUCAUUAUCAGCUACCUUUUAUAAAACACAUUUUCAGCCAAUGACCUCCAAGAAUUUAACUACUGGAGAAAAGGUUUGGAUUACUUGGUGAAGGAAACUAAAGAGGCUUGUCAUCAGCUGCAGCUGGAAAGGUGAAUUUCUGUAAAAGUCAUUGUCUUGACUUGACAUGUGUGGCUACUAAUCACUAAAAACAAAGCAUAAUGUUCAAAUCUAAUUUUAACAGAAGUUAUUUUUGUAAGCAGUGCAUAAAAUGGAAGUAAAAUGUCCAAAACUUGGAUGUCCCACCAGUUACCAAACUAGGUUCAUUGCAUCAAUUUAAACUUUUUUGUUAAUGCAUUCCUUACUUCAUAUCUUCUUAUAGCAAGCAUGCUUUCGUUUUUUUAUAUAUUUUUUUUUAAAGUUGUGGUGAUUGUUAAAAGCUUGCAAAAGUCACCAAUAAAUAAAUUUUCAAGUGUAGUUAAUUUAUCUUGUUAAUGGUUGUAUUAUUGACAUCUCUUCUGGAGUUAUGACUGUUUAAAUGAAACAUCGGAAAUCACUUCGCACUGGGGAUAAAUGUGAACAAAAACAAAAGGCAAUUUUAAAAAUACAAACAAAUAAAUUAUUUAAAUCCAUUAUAUUAACAACGCUUUUGUUUGUGGCUGGCUGGGUGGCAAAAUCUUCAGACGGCUUAUUGACACACUUCCCGUCAAGCUAUCAAGCUGAAACUUGGCACAUAGACUCGCUGGCAAUGACAACACAUUUUUUUCAAAUUUUCAACCCCAAUCCCCAAAAAUCCGUUUUUCAAAGGGAAGAUAAGAUAAAAUUCCCGAUAACUGCGCUAAAUUAGUUUUUUUUGUGUUAAAAAUUUGAAGUUCAUUGGGUGCAAAAUAUUUUCUUUUGUCUUUUUUGAAAUAGAUGGUGCAAUUGAUCUGCAUUCUGCUGUGUAAAAAAGGAGGGUCAUUAGAAUAUUAAUAUAGUUUAGGGGCGUGAACAAAAUGUGCCGUUGCGAGGGGGGUGCGGGGGAGAGCACUAAUUGGGAUUAUUAAAAAGUAUGUUAUUUGAAUGCAUGUCCUACUCCCAUUGCAUUUUAUAAAAGAUUUGUAUUUUAAGGGCUGUUUAAUUUCUAAUAAAGUUAAUUUUUUCAAAUUACAGAUGGCUUCGAAAAGAAUUUUACCUUAUGGAAAAAAUUGGAUCUUAUGUGUAAGUUGUAACUCUUCAUGUCUUGAGAAUAGUUUGUGAGGAGGUUUUUUAUUAUUUAAUAAUUAUUGUUAUUGUAUGAUAAAAAUUUAUUGAAAAGACUAAACACAGAAAUUUGCUUAGCAGUGUGUAGUCAUUGAAAAUGUUCUCUUUUAUUUAGAGUGACUUUGAAGAACUUAAAAGCCUGGUUGCCGAGAAUCAACUUCAAGAUGCCCACUAAAGAGCUCAGAGAACGUUUUCAGGUACAAGAUAAAAAAAAUUUCUAACAUCAUAAAAUUUCAAUGUCAAAGCUAAUAUUUCCAAUACAGUUAGUAUCCAGUGCACCAUGUACACAAUGUCAUGGCUCUUCAAUAUUAAUCAUUUACUUUAAGUAUGCGAUUGCAGAAGAUUUUUUAAAAAAAUGUUGUAAUUUUAACCAUUGAAAUAUUGUCUAAUACAGGGGUCUCCAAACUACGGCCCGCGGGCCGCCAUAAUAUGGAGGCCCGCGAUACCCUCUCAUGCGACCCGCAGAGACCUUUUUGUCUACGGGAAAAAUUACGGAAAUUUGCGUGUAUCCUGCCAAGAUCAGACGCCGCUUACGUGGAUGUUAUAUUUUUACCAAAUUAAAAUAGGGGGGCGCAUUAGUGUGUUAUGUUUUCUAACCGAUCAUUACUUGGCAAAACCUUAUUCGCUGCUUAGUUUUUCUAAUUCUGUUCCAAUUCAAUGUGAUGAUAUAAUGCCAUCUAGUGGCGGAGCGCUGCCCGCCGUGUUGCUGACAUGGGUGAAAACAUUGUGACUCAAAUAGAGAAAAAUGCAAGCAAGUUUCGCCAAUUUGUAAUUGCAAUGGAUCAAUCACUGGACAGCUUUUCCACCUCUCAACUGCUUGUGUUCGUUGAGUCGUGGAUGAAGACAUGAACAUAACACAAGAGGUGGGUUCACUACAUAGCAUGUACGGCACUGUUUCUGGAGAGGAUAUAUUCAAUGAGUUGGGAAAAAAAAACAUUUGCUGAUAAUAACUUGGACUGGACUAACCUCAGUUGCCUGACUGUUGAUGGAGGAAAGAACAUGAGUGCCAUAAAGAAAGGCUUGGUUGGACAAGUGAAGCAGAUGUGUAAUGAGAAAAGAAUUCUGCAACCAAUGUUACUGCACUGUAUUAUUCACCAGAAAGCUUUGUGUGCUAAAUAUGUGGACAUUAGCAGCAUACUGAAUCCUGUGGUAAAGAGGGUUAAUUUAAUAAGGUCACAUGGGCUCAACCAUAGACAGUUCAGAGACCUGUUGAAAGAUACAGACACAGCAUCGCAAGAUUUACGAGAUCAUCAAAGAACCCCAGCUGCAGAGUCAGCAGCGGUUUUCUGACUUGGAUUUACAGGCAGAAGGAGAUAGUUUCAAAAACCAUUUUAAGCAGAUGUGGCCAGUUGCACCUGGAGGUCAUUGAGUUGCAAGCAAAUGACCUCCUUAGGGACAAGUUAAAAGAAGGACCGGUGGGUUUUUAACUAUUUUUCGCCCAAGGAAGACUUUUCUAAUUUCAAAACAUUUGCAUCAAUGUACCUUUCAAUCUUUGGAACAACAAGCCUGUGGGAAAAACAUUUUCAAAAACGAAAUACGUGAAGAACAAUUUGAGAACAAAUUUGUCCGAUGAUAAUCUCAGGUCACUGUUGAUGUUAGGCACAUCAAAUCUAAAUCCAGAAAUUUCUGCAAAUCACUGCUAUUUUGGCAUGAAGGAAACAAUUUCACCAUUCCCACUAAUACAGGUGUUCAUGUGUAGUGUAUCAAUGUGUUAUAAAAUAAAAACUGAAUGAAAUAAUAAUACAUAAAUAAUUAAAAACAACAUCCAUGUUUUAAUUAUUUUUUAUUUGGACAUUGAGUGUGUACUCGGCCCCCGAAAUGCUGUUUGAUAGUUAAUGAGGCCCACGGGCUGAAAAGUUUGGAGACCCCUGGUCUAAUAUAUAAUAUAAAAUAGUUGUAAAGAUUUAAGAGACAUUUAUAUCAUUUAAUUAAAUCUAUGCAAAAAGAUACAUCAUUUGGAUCCAUGGCUUUAAAAAUCCUUUCUUGUGUUUCAGGAAUUCGACACAGAGGGGAGAGGAGAAAUAAAUUAUGAACAGUUUGCUGCGUUGUACCAUAAGCUCAUACAUGUACCUGUGGUGAGAUAACAUUGAUGACCUCAUGUCCUUACCUUUUAACUGUUGUCAUAUAACUUGAAAUUUCCCUUCAUAGCUCAGUGGUUCUCAAACUAAUUCUGGCCACCCCAUUCUGCUCAUACCCCAUUGUGCCCAUAAAUUUGCCUUGACCGCCUCCUGUCAAACCCAAUUCUGUCUCAGAUAAAGUUUGUGCGACUCUGUAUGGAAGAUAAUUGCACAAGGAAAUGUGAAAUUAUUACAUAUAUUUGAACAAUUAAUAAAAAAUUUUAAUGAAUAACUAUAUUUGUAUACCAAUUCAUUAAUCAGCUAAUUAAUUUGAUAAAGAAGUACCUCAGUAGGAUCAUUAUAUUUCAAGAGUUUUCAAUAUCUGACUUCUUCACUGGUCAAUUUUCUUAACUGUGAUGGGGGCAUGGACUUAAUAAGGGUAAAGUGACAUUAUUUAUCAAUGUCUGGUUUUUAGUCCCUCAGUAAAAACUUCAUUGACGAUGUUCACAUUUAAAUAUUAUCUCUUUGCUGUGAGCAAAGCGGAUAACCCGCACUUAUACACAAUCUUAAAAAUACACCAAAUACAAUGAUGAGAAUGGAACACAUAGCAUUCCACGGUGCAGAAUAUGAUAAUAAAUGUUUUACUGUAGGCAAAACCCUUGGUAUAACUAUUUUUAAAUUGUGGUUUUAAAAUCAUUUUUCUCGCAUAAGCUCUGCAUCAGCAACUGCAGUAAUCCUAAAAAUGGAGUUUUUACUCAACAGAAAGAAAAUCAUAAAAUGGCUCUGAAUAUAUAUAUUAUAUAGUCAUCAUGGAGGGAUCUCACUCUUCCCUUCCAGUUCUGAAGGGCUAGGAAAAUAGUAUAACUUGCCACAGCCUGAUUACGACAUACCGUAUUAAGGUUUAACAAAUUUAAUAUGUUGUUUUAAAAUGGCUCAUUAAAAUAGGAGCCAGAAUGAUCAAUUCAUUGAUUGUGGACCCUCAAAAUAAAGAAGAGAAAUACAGUACAUAAAAGAGUGAUUAAUCCAUUGAUUAAAUGUAAUAAAGAAAGAAUGAUACCCCAAUAAGUGCUAAUUACAAAUAACAAUUUAGUUAUACUAACAAUUCAGAAAUGAACUACAAAAUCAAAUUUAUAGAAAUAAAACCCAAUCAAAUUACAGCACCUUAAUACCUGAAUAAUAGAAAGGUAAAAUUAUUGAUCCACACACGGUGAAAAUUGUGUAAGUCUCUUGUAUCUCUGGUAUAUCUACCGGUCAGAGUCAACCAUCUUAUUUAUAUUAAGUGAAUCAGAAUUUUCUAGAAUAGAAAGUCUAGAGAGUACUUUCUCCCUCUAUGUAGAUUCCUCUGGAAAAUGUAAACAAACUUUCCCAAUCUUGGGAGUUGGGGAAGGAGUGGUAGUAUGUUGCAACAAUUUAAUUGGUGACGACAUAUAAUUAAUGAGGGAGAUAACUACGAUACAACUCCACGUUGAACCAAAAAUUGAGGUCAUCAAAAUUUACAUGCAGAGUUUGGCUAUAACACCAAUAUUUCCCUUAAAUUUAUAACUCUAAAUCCAAAGUAAGGAAAGCAGAUUUGGCUUUUAAAAGACAUAGGGCACUCCCAUUCAUCUGCAUAUUCAUUGUUAUUGAAUUUGCAAAUAUUUCUGAUAAGCAAUGUUCCGUGUGGUGUCGUUGAGUUGGAGACAGAAAUAAAAUAAACAUUCGUCUAAACAAUCUUAAGUAUAAAGUAGGAAAUACUGCACCACUCUCAACACAGAGUGCCUGUCAAUUAUUGUGAAAUUUUUCUAAAAUUUAAUUCACUGCAGAAAAGAAUUUCACUGACAUGUUUUGCUACCAGAUGUUGGCGAAGAAUGACAAAUAAUAAUAAAAAAUAUUUUGCACUGUUUUUUUCUAUUUUUGGUAAAGCCAGUCAUUGUUGGUGCUCUAAUUAUGGCCCUCAUAUGCCUUUUACUUUUAUGUUUUUUUCUUACUUUAAAAGAUCUGCUAAAAAAUAGAAAAUGUAAGUUUUUCGUUGUCUUGAUCCCAACUUUCAUCUGUUGCAACAAGUACAUUAGCGAACAAGAAUGAAUUUUCUUGAAAGCCAAUUCAUUCAGUUGCAUUACAAGCUCCUUUAACUUUGCUAUGCCAUGCAGCUAAUCUUCCAGUUUCUUAUCCUUGUGGCUAUGAAAUUAGAACCUCAUAUAUAGCUGGUAGGAUGCAUAUUUUAAUGAUUAUUUGUUGUGACUUUUCCGAUGUAUCACCCAAUAAUGUAAUGUUGCAUCAAAAAAUGCACACAUUUCCAUUUAAAAAAAAAAAAAAAAAAAAAUCAUGGUAAAACAAGCUUCACAUACUUAGGCAGCACCAUAGACACAAAUGGCGGAUCCGAUACGGAUGUAAGGGCUAGAAUUGGAAAAGCUAUUAAAGAAAAUAUGGGAGUCAAAGGAGCUGAAACUGCAAACCAAAGUUAGAAUCUUUAAUACAAAUGUUAAAAAAGUUCUACUGUAUGGAGCAGAAACUUGGAAAACAACCGCGAGCAUUACGCAGAAAGUGCAGACAUUCAUAAACACAUGCCUUAGAAAAAUCCUGAACGUCAAAUGGUCAAAUACCAUCACCAACAAAGAUCUACUAGAAAGGACAUAUCAGGUGCCCAUUGAAGAAGAUAUCAUAAAGAAAAUAUGGAGAUGGAUAGGGCAUACGCUCCGAAAACCCCCAGAUAGUAUCACCACACAAUGGCUAACAUGGAACCCACAGGGAAAAAGAAAGAGAGGAAGGCCUAAGAAUACAUGGAGACGUGAGCUAGAGGCAGACACACAAAAUAUGGGAUACACCUGGAAGCAAUUGGAAAGGAAAGCACAGGACCGUGAUGAGUGGAAAAUUCUUGUGGAUGGCCUAUGCCUAGAAGACGGGGUAAAAAGGCAUAAGUAAGUAAGUAAAACAAGCUUAUAGAUUUUGGACUAAGUUGUAAAGUCCAUUUUUAGUCUUGGGGGUUGGCAGUUCACAGCAUCUAGCCAACUUUAAAUGUGUUGCUAAUCGCAGCUGGUACUUCUGUUUGAAAAAUAGAUCAGAUGUCUUUUUUUCUCAUUUUCAAUCAUCGUCUCUUUGUUACCGAUAAUGAAAACCAAAUACAGGGCCUAACCCUCAUUUUGAAUUUAUAAUUUUACUAUUUAUGAAAAAGAAUUACUUCCAAUAAAAUCCCUCUAUGCCCUCUUUGAUAGUUCCAGCCUUCCACCCCGACCCCCCCCCUCCCCGAGCUACCUCCACCCCCUGUGAAGGGUGAUACUGCCUACUUGAGAACCACUGUCUUAGCCUCUAAUGAGUAACCCACUUAUAGAGAUACAAUGUUGGAAUCAUAAUUUCUGGGUUGUUUUUUUGUGUGUAUUUCAAAUGGACAACAAUUACAGAGCUGAAUGUUGAAAGUAUUUAACAUUUACACAAAACAAAUGUUUUUUUCAGAACCACCUGAUGUUCAGGAUUUCAUGCUGUAAAAUAUUCAUGUUCUGAAUCAUACAAAAUUUUGAAAAACUUAACAUUCUAAUUAUUCUUUCUCUCUCCCUCUCUCUCAUUGUGUUCAAAAUAUCUGAAAGUUAGCAAGAACCCAUUUGCUUUUUGUGUUCUUUCCAUGAUAUUGCCUCAUAUCCAACAUCCUUGCUAACCUUACCUACGCAGUCCUCAUUGUUUUAUAGCAAUCUUUGCUAAAUUCUUAUCUUAUUUAAGUUAAGAUCUCCUGUUAAUCUCAUAGUCUAAUUCUUUGAUUUCAUGGUUCACAUCCACCAUAGCAUAUUUCUACAUUUCCUGUAGACCACCAACAAGCUAAGGGUGUUGGUUUUUUUUGCCUGUUGAAGGCUUUUCGGCUAAAACUAUCACUUUCUGUUAUGGUCUUUCUUCAGAUUUUCUUCUAUUCCUUGUAUACUUCUAAUUGCUUCAAAUUGAACGCAGUCCGCCACGUAUUUCACUUAUACAAAUCAAAGCAUGAUUGCUAACCUGAUCAAAGGAAAAAUAGCAAUGGCGACCCCACACCACCCACCCCUUAGAUUGCAUUGUCAUCCUUUUAUUUAUUUAAUUUUUACUUCUCAUUUAAACUUAUGUAAAGAAUUUAAUUUGUCACAUUUGAUCUAGACUCUAUUUCUGUGUGAUUGCAUCUAUAGUGCUUCCUGAAGUCUAAUUUUUUAAAUUAAAAUGUAAAUCACUUUUACAGGCUAUUUAUUUAAAAGUUCAAAUAUUUCUUUACAAUCAACAAUUUUUCAUCUUUUUUUUUUUAGAUUCUAGAUGACAACUUAAAGAAGUACUUUGAACUAGUUGGAGAUGAAAAGUAUGUGUAUCUUUAUUAUGAAUUGGAUUUUACCAUUUACUAAAUUAUCUUUUUUCUGAGCUUAACUUUUAGGGAAAUAGCUUUAUUUAUCACACAUUUUUAAUAUCCUGAAAUAAAUUAACGAACUGAACAUGCAUAAGACAGGAAGGGGGGUGGGUGGGGGUGGGGUUGAUGAUGAUUACCAGAAUGUACCUGAAUUUAUGCUUAAAUUCUGCAAUAAUUAUCCUCACAGUUCUAAUAAGAGCUGACUGUCACCUGAAAAUUUGUUAAAUCAAUUAUUUCUUAUUAGGCCUAUUAAGGCUUUAAAUGUAUCACUACAAUGAUUUGCGGUUACUGGCAUACUAAUGCUAAAAAAUAAAUAGCUCACUAGAUAUUGCUGUAGUAAGCUUUUUUUGUGUGCUGAUGACGUAAUUAUUUCAUUGGGGACCAACCUCCCCUACCCUAAUUAGUGUAGUAUACAGUAUGGUAAUCCCUAACUAUUGUAGUAUUGAAAUCAUACAGGGUAUAGAUUGCUAAGGGAUAUAGCUGUUUUGGAAGUUCUAAAAAUAGAUUUCAAAUGCAGCUAACUAGAUACAAAAUAUUUCGCAAUCCAAAAUUCCUGUGCAGAACAGUUUAAAAUGCAGUUUAUUUUUUAAAAAUUUAAAAUUCCUAGAUUUCUCCGUUUCCACAAUUGCUGUGGUCCAGUCCUAUUUAUGUCAUGUCACAUGCAAAUUUAAAACAAAAAUAAAAAUGGAAAUUUUACCAUUCCCUAAGAUUUUAUUUUUUUACAAUGCUCUUAACCCUUGCUUAUGACAACAUUUAUGACCAUGAUAAAUCAAAAUUAAUGUCACAAAUGAAUGCAUUGAAUAAACCUAAGGCUCCCAAAUUUUAUAUUUGAACAAAUUAAAAUAAUAAUUUAAAUAUUACCAUUCCCUUAGUUUUUUUCCCAACUAAACUAUUUACUUUUGCCUAAGCAUAAUUAAAAUGUUAUUUUUGGAAAUAUUGGACAAGUUGGUCAUCAUGCAGUUGCAAGCAGUGUUCGCUGAGGAAUAGUCAUAUAUCAUACAAUGACAGCAAGACUUUGAGCAAAAAUGAAUAUGGGAUUGCCAACAGACAGGGUUACAAUCUGACUUCGGUAGACAACUGAAAGUCUCAAUCUCUUUCGGCCAGACGUCCCGAAGUCACAAUCACUUUGGCUGAAACUGAAAAUAAACCGAAAUUUUACUUUUCUAUUGAAAGUGACCAAAUGGCAACUUUUGGCGCCGAAACCGAAUUUCAGAAAUUCUGUCGGCCUCUAGUUCACAGUAGAAACAACAUGGAGAAUCUAAACAAAAUUAAUGAUAUGGAACUGAAAAUGAUAUAAUUUUUUGGGUCUGUAUUUUCAGGAGGAUGAAAGCUGAAAGUUUUCAACAAUUUCUAUUAGAGGAACAAAAGGUGAGAUUUUUUGGUGAAUUUAGUGAAUUUAGAAUAUCUUAGAAUGUUUUAUUUUUAAAAAAAAUGGGAAUGUUUUUUUUUUUCAAUAUACAAAAACUGAUGCAUUUUUUUUUUGUCGAGAACAUUCCUUAACGUUUUAUAUGAAACUGGAUAAUAUCCCAUGCUUCACUAAUAUUAGGUUGGGGGAGGGGGAGUUAAUGUACGGCAGAAAUUGAAUAUAGGGGUAACGUUUUUUUUAAAAAAAAAGAUCAUUUAAAAUAAAGAAAAUGCAGUUUAUCUCUCAGUGACUAAAUUUCCUCUGUCAGCAUGGAUAUUCACUUGUAAUUGUUACGCACUGAAUGCUGUGUUUUCUUUUGCAUGGUGUGUCUUGUACAUUAGUUGGGACCAUGAGACUUGUGACUAUUGUGACCGAUUUUUAUGUAGCUGUGACCAGUGUCUAUGGUCUGUCAUUUGAAUACAUGCUAUUCGUUACAUAGUAUUUUUCAGUAGCAAACUGCACUAUAUGUUUGAAUUAUUGUAUGCCUAGAUGAUAGAGAAUCCUGGAUAGAGUUUUUGUUGUUCUUGAAACAGGACUUGUGUUUAGUUUUAAUCAAAAAUGAUGUAUGAACAUGUGAAUGAACUUGACGUGUGAAAACAAAUCUUAACGGAUGCGACAUGGAGGCAUAAUUGUAAAAUGUAGCUUUUUGGCAGGAAAUCCACAUGUGGCUACGCCCGGGAUUGGUGACGCUUAUCAUUUUUCAACUGUGGGGUCAAAAAAUAGAACUUCUUCAUUCUUUCAACAUUGCAAUCAUCAUUCCCCUGUUCAGUGUCCCAUGGUUGACCUCCUGACAUUGCAAUCAUCAUUCCCCUGUUCAGUGUCCCAUGGUUGACCUCCUGACAUUGCAAUCAUCAUUCCCCUGUUCAGUGUCCCAUGGUUGACCUCCUGACAUUGCAAUCAUCAUUCCCCUGUUCAGUGUCCCAUGGUUGACCUCCUGCUGCCACCGUGUACCAAGUAGCAGUGUGUUCCAUAUGCGGUGACUCUAUUAAGCUACUUAUAUCCUGUCCAGUAUCAAGUUACAUACAUCCUAUCCAGCAUCAAACUACCUACGCACUGUUCAUCUGGAAUGGAAGUCAUCCCCCAAUUUUUACAAUAAUAUUUAUUAUACAGCCCAAACCCAUCUCAUUGAUUUGCUAUUUAUCUUAAACCUGCCUAGACCAGUGGUGGGAAAAGCGCGGCUCGCGGCGGCUUUAUAACGACCUGAGUGCAGCUGGGCCAGUCGGCUACAGUUCCGUUUUGACUCCAAAAACCAUGUUUCUUGACAGAUUCUUAAAAAGAAAUUGGGCUCUCAAAAAUUGUUUAAUAGUCCUGCUGCUGAUUUUUGGCUCAUUUGACUAAUGGAGUUUGCCGACCACUGGCCUAGACAAAUAAACCUUAUUCCUCUCAUAAUCUUGUCUCACUUUAGAGUGAUAUAAUUACCAUUUAUGCAUUACUAAUGCUGCAUUUGAAGGACAUUCAACGCCUGUAAAAAUAUAAAAUAUAACACUAUCAAAAAGAAUAGGUGUAGGUAUUGUCGACUGAUUGCAGCAAAGCGUGAGCCUACUGAAAUUUCAUAUUGAGGAUUUUUAUGGUGUCCAUAACACAGUCAAUCCACAGACGGCCUGGCUCUGUCUCUUGUACCAGAGCUCCUGCUAUUGUAAACUUGCAAUGCAGGUUUGGUUGACAUGCAUUCUAACGAGUUGGACAAUUGGGUUUUUUUUGGCCCUAUACUGGCUUAUUGGGAUAGCACCAACCAUUUAUUUAUUUUCCUUGUUUCAAAUGUGGUCCUUCUUGUUUGACCAGCUAGCACGCCUUAAACAUCUCGCUUGUGAAGAUUUUACUCUUGAGACUUUUAUUCAGAGCCCAGGUUUGUCACUGGUAAAUAAGGGAUGGAAUAAAGACUGCGCUAAUGAGCCUGACUUUGGUCUCCAUCGUUAUUCUUGGGUGUUGUAGAAGCUGUGCGAUCUGAUUCCUGAAAGCAUUUGCCAGCUGCACUCUGUCUCUAUCUCUAGAUCCUUUUUUUCCGUCCUCAUUGACAAAUGCUUCCAAGAUAUUUAAACUUCUAGAUUUGACGGAGCAAAUGAUAAUGAAAUCACUUUUUUGGGAUACAGCCUGCUGAAAUGACCUCUGUCUUAGCUUUGCUUAUUUUUAUUCCAUAAAGUUCGGAAGUAAUGUACUGGAUAUCAACAUGAAAAUAAUUUGAGAGUAUACAAAAAUCUGAUUAACAAAGGACAAUUAUAUUGUCCCUUUUCAGGAAAUAUAUGUAAAGAAUGUCGUGGUAGCCAGGUAUAAAAGAUAAUGUUUUAUAUUAAUAACUGAGGAAACAAAAGGCACACUUAAUUUUUAUGCUUGAAGCUGCCCCUCUAAAGUUGACACCCAUGGAUCUUCAAAAUGUCAAUCAUCUUUUUUGUUACUUUUAUUAAUGAGGUCCUGAUUCUUAAUACAGAAUGCGAUCUAAAACGAGGAAAGCAGUGACAAAUUUUUGUUUUCAUCCUUGAAAGAAAUAAUAAUGUCAAACCCAAGACAAGAAUCCUAAUUUAUUGAAAGAUGACAGGGUCUGCAUCACUUGGUUAUGGUAAUAUUAAACCUCAGCUACUUGGUUUAAAACCUUGUAUGUGACGAUUCAUCAUUUAAAAAAAAAAGAAAAAAGCUGCCUGUUUAAAGGCUGUUAAAAAAACAACUCUGUAUUUAGAACAACAAUUAAUGACUGUGAUGUCAUGUGUCUUUCUUCUAUUGGCUUCUCCCAUUUCCAUGAUUCUCCCGACCCCUUUUUUGCAAUCUGACCUCCCCAAGGCCCCCUCUUGAAAGUUUUCAAAAUUUGAAACAAACAUUUUAGAUAUUGCGGUGAUAUCAGCUUCUUUGGUAUCAAAUAUGAAGUUUCUAGGAUGAUGGAAAAUUCCUGUUUUUUGGUUCUUUAAAAAAAAGAAACAUUCUAACAGGGAACCCUGGGGUAUUUUUUAGAAUUUUGUUUGUUUUUUGUGAUUGUGAUAUAACAGGCAGUUUGCCAGACUUAAUGUAAAUAUUAGGUUUCUGUUAUUAAUACUAUUAAUCUUUUACUGCCUAAUAUUAAUCUUUUACUGCCUACUAUUAAUCUUUUUCUGUCUAUUAUUGAUCUUUUACUGCCUGUUUCACUACCGAUUAUUAAUCUUUCAUUUGUACUGAGGAAUCUAUAAGUUUAACAUUUAAUUUCCAGGAUAUCAAAGCUAAUGAGAUAGGUUAUGUCAAGCGGGUUAUGUUGGAAUUCCUAGAUGAUCAGGUUAGAGCAGCAGGCGGGUUCUAUUUUACACAACAAGAGGUAAGGCUGAUUGUAAUUGUAGUUCAAAUAGUGUAGUUCAAUAGUGCUCAGAUUUGUAUUUAUGUUGUUGACCUGUCAUCAUUUAUCAUUCUGCAGUUAAAGCUAGCUUCAUGGAUUGAUUUGGCUCUAGGUCUAAACUGAACUACUAGGAUAGAUAAGAGACAGAAUUCAAAAAUGUUUUGGCUUGGAAUUUUUCAUUAAUUAAAAGAUUUUUUUUGACUGAGAAUAGAAAUAGGAUGAAAUUCCUUCAUUUUACUUGCAAGGUUAAAUCUGGUAAAAGAAUCAUCCUAUCAACAGUUCUCAUAGUUUUCAAUAAGAACAGAAAUUUGCUACUUUCUAUUGGGUUUUUCAAUUUUUAUAUGUGUUUUCCACUUGAAUAUUUAUAGUCCUGUUUUUGUCAAAAUCUACUCACCUUUGCUCCUUAGUUUGAAGAGUACCUCUUCUCCCUGCACAACCCUCUGUUUGACAGCAAAUAUGAGGCAAUAACACAAGACAUGAAUCAACCUUUGACCUCCUACUGGAUUGCUUCUUCUCAUAACACGUAAUAUUUUAAAUACCCAAAGCACUCAAAAACUAUACUUAAACAAAAUAAUAUUUUUUUAAAAAAAGGAGUUUGACCUGAAAGAUAAUAAAUGAAAAUAUAUUUAAUAAUAUUUUUAAGUGGGCCUAUUACCUGUAUGUAAAUAUUGUGAUUAUUCUAGCACACAUAGCACUUAUAUAAAAUUCUAAUCCUGUUGUGUCUGUAUAUUCAAUGAUCUUAAUUCUGAAAUUUUGCAUAUUGAUAAUUCACAUGAUAAUAUAAUUUGUUAACCAGUGAUAUUAAUUCUAGGGCUCACUAUAUGGUUCACACUAUUUUCUCUACAUUAGUCCUGCUAACUCUUUUUGUAAUGGGAAUAAUGUGGAGAAAUUGUUGAGAACGACUUUAGAAAGCAAUGAAAUUUAUAUUACUUAGGUCCUAAAUCUUUUAAUUAGUACAACUAAAAAAGCAUGUAGAAUGAUACAAACCAAUGUUCCCUGAAUUUAAGAGACAAAAUAUAUUUCGAAUACUCUUAUGCAGAACUUUUUGGUGGUUAGUUUAAAGAUAAUAGUAUGACCCUCUCUAUAGGGAGUUAGGGGACCUCCAUGUAGAAUUGCUGUGAAAAAAGGACAGAUUUCAAAACCUCUCCCCAUUGCACGCAUACUUUUUUGGAAAACAUACUUACCGAGCUUUCGGCACCCAACUCCACCACCAAAAAAAAAAAAAACGAGUCACUUAUUUAUAGACAUUUAUUUUAAGCUGUUAUUCUUAGCAUAGCCCAGUGGUUCCCAAAUUGUGUGUCGUGUUACCAUGGGAGCCGUGUGUUCCUCACAGGAUCUUCACAAAAUAUUAAACAAUUUUCAUAAAUUUAUUUUGACCAUCAAUCCAAUAUGCAAACCAGUAACUCACAAUUUUAUUUACUGUUUGCAGAGGCAAACUUGAUGGGUUUUCAUGACCUACACAUAUGUUUUAUCAUUUUUAUUGUGACCAAAUCCUUAAUUAAAAAAAAAUGUUCUCUCUUUCUCAAAGCAUACUUUUUAAAGUUAGACUAAGUGGCACCUGGAAAAAACCUAAAUCCAGCAUUGGUGCAUGGAAAAAAAGUUAUAACUGUCCAAAUUUCAUGAUAAUUGUUGCAGAAUAUUUUUAUAAAUGUACAUAAUUCUGCCGAGCCACCCCUCCCCCCCUCCCCGAAUAGUCCAUCUGCAUUCAAGUCAUCAAACUCUGCUGUUCAGGCUCCAAUUUCCACCAUUGAUCGGCUUUGCUCGGUCUGGGCAUGUUAGCUAUUAAAUCAUCAAACAUUUUGAGCUUUUACAAACAUGUCAUAGUUAACUGUUAUUUUGAAUCCUAUCAAUGAAUUAUUGUUAAUGUGAGGUGCCAUUGCAACUUAAGCACCCCAAUAAAUAAUACUAAUUAAUUGCAUGAUUUCUUCUAGAUACUUGACAGGUGAUCAGCUGUACAGUAGCUCCUCCCCUGAGGCUUAUGCAAGAGCUCUGAGAAUGGGUUGCAGGUGUCUAGAAUGUAAGUGAAACAUAUUCUCUGAUCUUUAUAGUUAUUUGAUAAUUAAGGGAGCUUUAGGAAAACCAUAAGUGUAAACUCUAUCUGCUUCUGUUUUUUUUAAAAUUAUUAUUCAAAAUCAUUUUGAGAAAAACUUCUUUAUAAUGUCAGUUUGACAUUUCAAAGUUGUUAAAUCUUCUUAUGUUUUCUAAAAUAAAUUUAAAAAAUUUGUUUAAAAAUAAUUAAUAACUGAAUUUGUAGUUCAGUCUUAGAAAAAAAAAUUAUUUGUAUAAUCUCGAUCAGGGUAUCCCAACCUGGGUGCGUGCUUGCACUCCCAGCCAUUGGUAGCAGUUCAGGGGGUGCAAAAAAAAUUAUAUAAUAACAGAGACAUUGACUUUUAAGUUAUGAUAUAAAUGUUUAUAUGUUAUUUAAAUUUUUUAAUUAAGAUUUUACUCUCUGUAAUAAGUCACAUGCCUAUUUUUAAAAGUUCUAAAGUUCUCUAUGUAAUUCAAUAAGCUAAUUAGAAGUCCAAUUUUUUUUCUCCAAUUUUGAAAUGCAUUGUUACUUUGGUGUGGGGGGGGGGGGGGGUCUGAGACUUAGUCAAAAAAUAGAAGGGGGAUGUGGAAACCCUGAUUAAGAUUUUUUUUAAAUUUUUUUUUUUUUUUUUAUUGAUGGAUGAUUUUUUUCUAUAGUGGAUUGUUGGGAUGGUCCUGACGGAUAUCCCAAUAUUUAUCAUGGUCACACUUUAACAUCAAAGAUCAAGUUUCUUGAUGUCCUCAAAACUAUCAAUGACCAUGCUUGGGUUAGCUCAGAGUGAGUGUCUUCAAACAUUAUUUUCUUGUAAGCUUUAAAAAAUUAAAAAUAAUGGGAAAUAUUCUUUAAAGCUAACUGUAAUACUAUUCAAAUGUAAAUCACGUCAAAAAAUUUUUGUUUCUGUUUCAUAACAAAAUAUUAAAUUGCGAAUGUCUAAAUUUUUAAGGUAUCCCCUUAUACUCUCAAUUGAAAAUCACUGCAACCUGAGCCAGCAGAGGAACAUGGCUAUUGCAUUUAGAGACACAUUUGGAGGUUGGUAUUAAUGGAUUUAAUUCAUAAGGGUCAGAUACAGUAAAAAUGCACCUUUUUUAAUUCUGAGCACAAGGUUUUAAUUGGCGGUGCAACUUCAACUGAAGAGUUUUUUUUUUUUUUUUUAAAUUUGAGACCAGGAGCCCAAUUAAAUUUUUUUGAAUAGCCUAAUUUAGUAUUAAAGAAAGCUUUGAAAUAGAUGACAUAUUCUCUGAGCUAAAUUGACAUCUUGAAUUCCUUGAGCUUGAGGAUAUUCACACUAAAAAAAUCACAUCCAACCUCAACCCACUAAUCUUCAUCCCGAUCUAAUUACAUUGUUAUAAUUUAUGCUAUAAUUUAUUGUUUUAAUUUAGAAAAAUGAAAUUAGUUGAUAAUUAAAUACUCUAAAUGGGUGACUCUGUAUUUUGAUUAAAUCAUUCUGUCAUCCUCAUAAAAUGAAACAAGUUUAUGUCCUACUACAUAAAACCAGAAUGUAGCUGGCCUGAAAGGAACGUUUAGAAAUCAAAAUAUGUACCCGAUUUGAUUCAAAAUGAGCAGCGUAGGACAUGGAAAAAAUAUGAUAUUAAAAAAGAGUGUCAUUGAAUAUAGCUGACGCAUAACCAUCUUUUGUCAUUAAUAUUCUUAGCCAUAUUCAUCAGAAUAAACGUGUCACUAUCCGUGUGUGAUUGGUUUCUUUCAUCAAAGUCUUUUACACGUUCAUACGUCCUAAUCACACCGAAUCGAACACAAGUCCCUUUUCCAAUAGCAAUGUAAAAACUUUGAUCCAGAAACAUCAGGCUGUACAGUGAAUCAAACACAUGUAUUACACAGCUCACUAUAGUUAUAAGAAUAUAGUAAAACCUUCAUCCACAAAGUCUCUCAUCAACUGCCCAACGAAUAGCACUUAUACCAAAGACAGAUCACAGGCAGAACGUCACUCCUGCAAUAAAAUUACAUCACAAUAUAUAUAAACCCAAAGGUGGGGACAAGUGUUCAUUAACUAAACGAACACACAAGACACACUGCGCACAAUAAAACAAAAUUUCUGUGCACAAAAAUUAUUAGUGAACACCCAUACUCAACAACAUAGUUAGUAACACAUGUUUGAUUGAUCUGUUUUACAAACUCUUUUGGCCAUGACUCGGGGAUUCUCAUAUUAUUUUAGUUUUCUAAAGACAUGACUGAUUUUGAUAAAUAAACAGUCUUAUACUUUCUGAAAAUGGCCUCCUCCUUCCUUAAAUGUGUCAAUAGUCUUGUGAAAAGACUACAAACAUAAAAUUCAAGUAUACAUUUUAAAAUAAAUGCCCAUAAUUCGCUCUCUGAAUCAACAUUUCUUUUUUUUUAAAGAAAUUAACAUGUCUAUAUUACAGAAGAACUUUAUUUUUCUGGGUUUUUUUAAAAUUGAAAAUGUUAAUUUUUUUUUUGUAUUUUAUUUAAGAUAAAUUACUUGUGGAACCCUUUCAAAAAGAUGCUGCAAUGAUGCCUUCACCAAAUGAUUUGAAAUUCAAAAUUAUUUUGAAGGUAAUCUUUAUCAUAAAUAUAGCUGAUCACUUUCCAUUAGAAAAACUAAUUUUGUUUGCUUAUUUUUCUUACACAUGAGACCACCCCAUUUAUUUUGCCAUGUUUUUUUUUUAAGGCUUCUGGUUUAAUCUCUGAAUAUUCUAUUCCCACCCAAUUAAAUUCUUUCAGCUUUUUCAUAUGUUGCUUCAGCAGAGGUUGUUCCAAUUAUUGUUUUUGCCUGAAUAUUAAAUCAUCAAAAGAUAAUUUAUAUUGUUAUCCCCUAAUAUCACAUUUAUAAGUUAUUUAAUUUUUCAAAGUCUUCUGAGAUUUUUUUUCAUUCAUUAAAUUAAUACAUGUUAUUAAAGGUAGGGAUAAAAGAAAAACAACUAUUUAGCUUCAGAAAUGAAGACAAAAAAAAAGGUCUAACACCAACAGUUUUCGAUUGAUGGUUACACUAAUUGUCUCCAGGUGCUGUUCCAUUCUCGACCGAAAAUUUGGCUGCCAUUUCGCUCUAAAUCGCCCUGCAGUCAGCAGGUCUCUAGAAAAUUAUGAAAUGUUGUGGCUUUGUUUCUGAAUGUAUUUUGACAUUUGUGUCUCAUUGCUACACAAAACUGAAUUUUGUUUUCUCCUUUUCAUUGUAGUGUACAAAUAUUUCUUUUUUACACUCAGCUUUCAGAGCCCCAUGAUGGCUUUAGUUUUUGUGUUGUGUGGCUUUUUUUUUAAUGCUAACCUUUUUUUGUCAAAGCAUACAAAUUUUUUAAUUUUGGUACACAAUUUUUAAAAAAAUUGAAAACAAUAUUUUCUAGUUCUAGAAAUGUUUUGUUAAGUUCAGGUCUUUAAACCAAGAGACUUUAUAGCUAAUUGACUGAGACUCAACUUAGUAAAGAUUUCAUUUACAUUCACAAAAAUAAUAUAUUUACGCAAUCCAAUGACUGGAUAUUCAUUUUGUUUAAAGGACCAAAAAAAAACAACAAAUAUGUCCGUAAGAUAUUCUGGAAGUUGAGCAUCAUAUUAUCUGCACGGCAUAAGCUAUUUACCAGGUUAAAGAGAAAGCAAUGACAUCAUCAGCAGUCACUUGUCCUUUGGUCUCUGUUUAAAUUGAUGCCUGUGACAGAAUUAUAUAUAUCUGAGCACUUUUUUUUAAGAUUAAGCUCUGUUGAAAUGUGAGAUAUGGUAGGAUUUGAAGGGUAAUAAGGGGAGAGACUGCAAUCAGGUUAGCCCAAUAUGAAAUGAGUAAAACAAAGUAGGGUUAAACCUGAAUAAAAGGAACACAACAAAACAACGAAGGUGUCGGCAGGAAGCCUUGUUCAGGGAACAAAACAACAGGAAAAAAAAGAUGAAAUGACAGACAGUAGUAGAAAGUAAUGAUGCUUUUGAACCUUAUUCUCCAAGUUCCAUGAGGUUGUUUGUUUCCAAGGCUCAUAGAAAUAAUUGUUAAUGGAUACUUGAUCCCAUUAGCUGCAUCAUCAAAAUAAUUUGCUCAGUUUUCCAGCUCAUUAAAAAAUUUUUUUAUAAAUGCUAUGUUUAUUGCUGGCAAAUGAUUUUAAUUGUUCUUCAUUAAUCAUAACAUCUACAAGAUGGCCAUAAAAAAAAUAGCUCCAACCUACUCAAGAAUGUUAAAGGGUAAAUAAUUUAAAACAAAUAUUUUGAACAAUAAUGCACAUUUUAUAUGAUGAAAGAAGAUGGUUUAAAUGAGUGCAAUUCAAUAGCUCUUUAAUUCAGGGCAGAAUGAGGUUGAAUCUUAUAAUUGGCUUUGAGUGGUUAGAUAUUGGGAAAAGUUUUUAGGAUUACUUUAAAAAAAACAGAAAAAUAAUAAUGACAAUAAUUAGUAACUGUGGGUAAGAAAUUUGAUUAACUAAAACUAUUAAGUUGGGUUGUUGUUUUUUUAAAGAUGAAUUAUAAUAAUUUAAAACAUGGCUGAGUUUUCUAAACAUAAUAUUUAAUUUUUUAUCACAUAUAAAUAAAUAUCCUGAGAGUUAUGCUCCUUGGUGGAAUGUUUCGAAAGUUUUGACAAGCUUGCUAUUCAUCGAGCAUGAUAAAGAUGACUUCAGUCAAAGAACAUAUAUUUUAAAAGAGAAGUUAAUUCUGCAGGAAAUAGAACCAUAUUUUAUUAUAUAAAUCUGUAUCACAGCCAAUCUUUUUAAAUAAGCUGCCUCCCCAGAUUUUUUUAUUUGACCCUAAUAAAGAUAAUCAGCAAGAGUAGAAUUUAAUUAGCCAGCGUAUUAUGGUAAUGUGUUGAUAGUGACUUAAGCAUAAGAAAUAUUCUUGAAAUAUAUUAUGUGUUACUAAACCUGUACAUAUCUUUUAACUAAACCUAUACAUAUCUUUUAACUAAACCUGUACAUAUCUUUUAACUAAACAUGCACAUAUCUUUUAACUUUCAAUCAUCUAUUGAAACGCUUAAAAAUAUUAUCAUUUUAUUAUGCUUUGCAAAUCACUGAAAUUUUUUUAGAGAAGCAAUUGCGUAGUGCCUAAAAGCGGAUGUCUCCGUUUGAUGACUUAAUUAUGACUUGCAUUUAUUUUGAUUUCAAUCAUCAGUUAUAUCUCAUGUUUCCAUCCAAACUUUGUGGAUUUUAGCUUUGAUUCUGUCUUUAUUCCCCCCAUAUUAUUGUCUGUAGAUGGUGGACUGUGUUUUUUUGCACAACUGCAUACAUUUAUCCCCCUCCACUUUGCCUGGGCCAGCCAAUUUUUCUGAGACUUUUUUGUCCUUUUUGCAUUGACGCUACUGUUGAUGGCUAUAGUAGAAGGCUAUGAUGUUUGUCCUUGAAAUUUUAUUUCGUUUUGUUAGACUACUGUCUGUCAUUUCACCUUAGACCCUAUUUAUAGCUUAUUCUGUUGAUUAUUGUCUGAAGCUAUGUUCAAGUGUCAAAAUUCUUAUUUUUUUCACUAUUUAUUUUUGUUCUUCCAUUUUUAAAAAAAUGGUUUUAUUAUUUUUUUUUUAAUCACUAAAAUAUUAACCAAACUUAAUUUAGAAAGAUGGAACAACCACAGAGGACAAAUGAGUUCUGUCUGCUUCAGGCUUCUGCAUAUUUCACAAUGAAUGCCAUUUUAUCCCACACCCAUUUACUGUGCUAAUAUGUUGCAUGAAAUUCUUUAUUUUCACAGCAUAAAAAACUGCCUGAGUGGGUUGAUGAUAAUGAGUGGCGCUAUGCUGUCUCAUCAGAAGACAGUGGUGAGAAAAGUUUUGCUUUUUUAUUUAAUUUUUAAAUUGAAAUAAUCCUAUUGCUAGUCCAUCAAAUGGUGUGGUGUUUCAUGGCACAAUAGUUGUACAUCUAUGGAGAAUAUUGUUUUCAUUGGUCCUCUAUCUAGCAUUAAUCUUAUGCUGUCAUUGUAGAUUACAAAUAUAGUGUAAAAAAAAAAGAUUUGUUUGUUUUGUUAUAAGUUUUUUGUGAAUGCCAUCUUUAGCAUUUUGUUUUGAAAUGAAUAGCAAAACUAAUAAUUUGUUUAUACUAGUUUUCUGAUGCUAGAAUGGGGAUGUUGAGGACAUUUUAUGAUUGUCAGGUUAAAUAUAUAGAAGAGAGAAUUUUUAUGUCGUACUUGCUUCAUAGUGAAUAAAAAAAUUUUUUUUAAAGAAUAAAGCAUAUUUAACUUAAAUUUUAUGUUCUACAUUAGUUUUGAAAUUUAAAACUGUAUUAAAACAGAAGCAUUUAAAAUUAGGAAAUAUAUUGGACUAAAAGAAUCGAUUUAUAAUUAUUUAUCUGUGAACUUAAACAAUACAAAAGCUCAACCCUUUUUAUACAGGUACAAUGGAGGUUGAUUUAAGUUCAUCAGUGAAGAAUGGAAUAUUGUAUUUAGAGGAUCCUUUUGAUGGUGUAAGUAUCAACUUAGAUACAUCACAAAUAUUUAAUUUUUAUCAGAAUGUCCCAGUAAUUUCUUCAAGCUAUAGAGCUAUGUGGUUUUAAAAUCUCUGUUUUGUGUUCAUUGAAUAUAUACAAACAUUUAUGGCAAGUAAAUUAAUCUUAUUCUACCUUACAGACUUGGCAUCCUCAUUUCUUUGUGCUGAGCGGAAGCAAGUUGUACUAUGCUGAGGAGACACCUAUCCAGGACCAAGAUGAGGAAAUGGAUGAUGAAGACACAGCCUCUAUUGAGGUAAGCACGACUGGAGAGGGUUCAUAUGGUCUAUGAAGGUUUGGGAAAAAUUAUGAAAAAUUUCCAUGGCCUAGAAAGUUUGGGAAAAUUAGCAUAAAAGGUCACUGUCUUUGAAAGUUUGGGAAAAAUGUUUUUAAAAAUGUUUGAAAGAAAAAAACUGGGGGGAAAAAAAAUAUUCCAAAGAAGAAAAAUAAAUUCAAGAGGGAAAAAACAACCAAUGUGUUUCAUUUAACUGACACGCACAGAGGGCCCUUUAUUUAUAAUGUUUGAUCAUUUACUCAAAUCCAAUUCUCUGAGUGUCACAAAAGUAUGAAAAUUGGAAUGUACCACCACUUAUUUCAUCUUUCAUUCAAUUUCAUAUUAUUUCAAUAGAUACCUGCUUAUAACUGAAUCUUAUUUUUAGGAAUGUCUUUGAAUUUUUUUUAUCAAUUAGGAAAUGAUUUCAACAUGUGCAUAAUUCACAGGGUCGACCUGUAGAUGAACUCCAUUUCAGUGAGAAGUGGUUUCAUGGUCGUUUAGAAGGUGGUCGAAAUCGUGCUGAGGCUCUCCUUCGCCAGUACAGUCAUUUAGGAGAUGGCACUUUCUUGGUCAGAGAAAGUGAUACAUUCGUUGGGGAUUUCUCUUUGUCUUUCUGGUGAAUACAGUUCAUCUGCCUAGUGUUAUUAAAAUAAUUGGGAAAUAAAAUAACUCUUAAGUUUUAACUACUGAAUUUUGGCCAUCCAAUUUCUGUCUUGAGUAAAGGAAACAGCAUAAAUGGUGUUAAUUAAAUUCACUAAUUGAUUCUCAAUUUAAGAUAUUUUGUCCAUAUUAUUUAUUUGGAUAAAAAUUUAAACAUUUUAAGUUAAAUUUUUUUAAACUUUAGUAUCUUUAAAAAAAUAAGUAUUGUUACAUUUAUACACAGUGCUUCUUCUUUUAAAAAAAACUUCAGGAGACAAGGAAGAGUCAACCAUUGUCGGAUCAAGUCCCGCCAAGACAGGGGACAAAUCAAAUAUUAUUUAAUUGAUGCUGUUACAUUUGACAGUUUGUACAAUCUUAUAGUGCAUUAUCGUCAAUUCCCCUUGCGUAGUUCUGACUUCACUCAGGUGCUCAAGGAGCCAGUUCCUCAACCUCAAAGCCAUGAGGGGAAACAGUAUGUACAAAAUAAAUUUCAUUUUUAUCAACUGACUAACCAUCUUUUCAUUUCUGACAUAUUUACAUGCAGUGCCAUGGACACUUGUCCGAAUUCCCAUAGACUCUUAUCAUUGAAGAUAAUUUCACAAAGUCUGGUAUUCGUAUUAAAUCCAAAAUGUUUUAAGGCUACUAAUAAAGAUCAAUACUCGAAGGUCGCGAGAGUCUAUCUCUUAUGACCUUGGCCGUGAAACAUAGCCCAGUAGUCCCUGGGGACUCCGGCCAUGCAACUCGGCCCAGAGUAAAUAGGGGGUUGUAACAGCUUUGCUUCCUCUCCGGAGAUGACGUUGCGUUGCCACCUCCACCGCCCGGGAGCUGUACAUUUUCCUUGGUGUGGGACGGCUUUGCUUCCACUCCGGAGAUGGCGUUGCGUUGCCACCUCCACCGCCCGGGAGCUGUACGUUUUCCUUGGUGUGGGACGGCUUUGCUUCCACUCUGGGAGUAGUUACUGGCUUACUUUCUCCCACCGUCCCAAGAGUUGUGCAAGCAAGUUUGGUUCCCAACGAUUUGUUUCCCCCCCGGGGAGGCGUUGCCUUGCCUCAAACCCGCAUUUCUCCGGGAGCGUUUCGGACAGGACUGUGAGGGGUCAGAACGGCUUUUACUUCCUCUCCGGGGGAGGCGUUGCAUUACCUCAACCCACCGUUCUGGGAGUUGUUCGGGCUGGACGUGGCGAGGACGAAACGGUCGCCUAGGGGCGGCUUUCUCAGGGCCGCGUCUUUUUAAUCAUUGACAAGGGUUUUGGCCGCCACCCCACUGCCUCAUACCCAUCACCGGCAACACGUAAUCAUGUUAGCGCAAACUUCCGUUGCUUUGGAAAUCAUGCGUUUUGCAGUGUGUGAUCUUUGGCUUCCGGAAGCAUGUCCGUACUAGUCUCCCACGCCACGAAGAGGCAGAUCACGUGUACACCACCUCGAGCAAAGUGAUGUGAAUUUCCCCCAGUCUAGCGCAAGCCAUCCUAAGGGAAACUCGAGAGUUUAAGGCUACUAAUACACUCAAUAGGUUUCACAUAACAAUUCUUAUACCACAGAAGUGUUUGCAUUUCCAAUAAAAUUCUGUAUUUGACUCAUUAUAUGAUUAGGCUUGAAAUUAUUUAAAACAACAUAAUUUUUUUUCUCCUUCCUGACUGUCAUAUUGCACAGAGGUUAGUGAAAAAGGAAUUUCUUUUUCUAAAUAAAAUAUAGAUGAAAAGAUUUCAUUAAUUCAAUGUAUACACAAGCCAUUUGUACUCAGUGAAUACUUUGAUGUUUCUUGUGAUUAGGUGGUACCACAAAGAAAUGAGCAGGGCUGAAGCUGAGGAACUUCUGAAGAGAAUUCCAAAUGAUGGAGCUUUCCUGGUGCGACAAGGAUCUCAAGACCAAAACUCAUAUGCUAUUUCUUUUCGGUAUGCACCAUAAAAAAAUACAUUAAAAAAAAAGUCCAAGUGGGACAUCAUGUAAUUUAGGCUGUAACUCAUGCGCCAUAAGGGUGUUUUUUUGGCCCAGCGGCAGCACACACAAACACUUAACAAAAUAUUUUUAGCAAAGUAAGAACGUGAAAUAUUGUAAACAAAUAUAAUUUAUAAUCAUUAAUUUGUUUCUAGAAAAACUUCCACAUUUUACAUUCUAUUUUUUUAAAAUUCAGCCAUCAUUGGGUAAGACUUUCAUUAGUAUCUAACACUGAUAUAAAAGUACAGGAGUUCUGAUCCUUGUUUUUGGUGGUUAAAGCUUCAAAUCACCUAACCAUAUGUACUAAUAGUGUAGGCUAUUCAAUGCAAUCCUAUACAUUAGCUGUCAUUUUUAAAUGAGAAAGGCAUUUUAUUAAAUUUUGAAUAUGUGUGUUUUAUUUCAACAAUAUGCUACAAAUUUAAUACAAUUUAUUUGUAUGUUACUGAGCUCCCACCUCUCAAAGAAGUGAUCAUAUAUCACAUCCUCAUAUCACAUCCUCUCAGAUAAGCAUUUUUAAAUGCAGAGGUCACAUAUCUUUUAAAGUAAAGACAAUGCACAAAGCUCCUUGACUUAAUUUCAGAGCUGAAGGUAAGAUAAAGCAUUGCCGCAUUAAAUUGGAAGGAAGGCUGUUCUUGAUUGGUAAUGCCCAGUUCGAGUCUUUAGUUGAACUAGUCCAGUACUAUGAGCAGACACCACUUUACAAAAAAAUGAAGUUGCGCCAGCCAGUGAACCAGCAGGUGGUUGAAAGGAUGAACAUGGUAAGUUUUCAGGUUUUUAUCAUAACUGAUCUUUUUCUAAAGCAAAAAAAAACUUAAAUAUUUUGAUUUUUUUUUUUUUUGUUAGUUGUAAAUUCAAACUCUUAAAGCAAGCAGGGUACAGUCCGUUUUUAGUUAUAUUGAUCUUAUUUAAGAAAAGUCUGCAGUGUCUAAGGAGUGAAAUAAUAAUCUGUUAAAAAUAUUUUGAUAAUUGUCAUUUAAUAGUCUGUGCCAUUUCCUGAUAUUUUUUUUGUUUGUUCGUUGUUAAUUAAAACUUUUAAAGCAAGCAGUCUGUUUUAAGGUAUAUCUUGAUCUUGUUUAGGACAAGUCUGCAGUGUCUAAGGAGUGAACUAAUUAUCUGUUAAAAAAUAUCUAGAUAAAUGUCUUUUAAAAAUCUGUGCUAUUUCCUGAUACUUUUUUUUGGUUUGUGGAAUUUCAAUUUGUCUUAAACAAAACAGGCUCCAGAUGACACCGGCAUAUAUGGCACCCCAGAUCUCUAUAUUAACCCUAAUGAUUUCACCACCAAGGUAGUGUAACUUGGGCAGAGAUGCCACCCCCCUCAUUUGUUCUUGGCAUGGUAUCACCUUUUUUUUUUUCUUUAUUCUGCAUGCUGCGUUUGGUGUUUGCACUAAUAUUCGUUGUGCUUCUUAUGUGCUUCCUAUCUUUUAGGAGGGUCAGAGUUAAAAUGUUGAGCAAAUUGAAAACAAAAACAAUCCUUUUACUUUGACUCGUUGCCAUAAAUUUGUUGGGGGUUAAGUGAUACUAAAAAAAAUAAGAUGAAAUAUUGUAUCCCUCAUCCAGCAGCAAUCAACGUUUUUUUUAUUAUAAUAGUUAUGUCUUGUCUAGUUAUGUCUUGUGUUAACUGACAGUUUACAAGUUUAUUGUGCAAGCAAAGCACAGUUUCCGUUGGUGAUGUAUUGCAUGAUGUUUGCAAUAAAACUCACGUGGUGGGAUGCUUUGCACUUUUUAUCUUACCAAUUCUGCAUGGGGGGCUGAGUUACUUAUUGAACAGGUACUGAGGAAGUCGUUAGAUUUUUUUAACAUGACAGAGCUAUUUUAAAGCAAACAAAAUAAUGAAUGGAUAAAGAAUAAAAUGCUGAUAGCUCUAUAUUAGGACAAGCCUUUCUGAAUUCUGUUUAUGAAGGCAGAGACAAGAGAGUAGCUCAGGACAAACUUCACUACUUCCCCUAUUGCUCAUGCCUCACUUUAGUCUUAUUGAAAUGUGCCAUUGUGUUUGUAUGUACUAUGCCACUGCAUGUUUAGUUUUAAUAGCAUGUCAUCACUGGAUAUAGCAUAUACUAAAACAUAUUUUUUGGCCAAAGGUAUACUUUUUACCAGCACUGUUCUGCAUUGUUAGAUUUAAACAGUUAAAUUUUAGAGCACUUAUCUUUGGCCACUUGUGGUUUAUAUAAAGGAUUGAGAGGAUCCAAUCUGAUCCAACAUUUAAAAUAUUUAUAUUAUAUAUCUUAACUCUAUCUAGGUGCAAUCUUUUUUUUUUCAGUUUUGUUUGUUUAUUGAAACAUCAAGUACAAGAGAGGACUUUAUUUUUUUUAUUAAAGUGAAUCUACAGGUCAUUUCAUUCUUGAUAUGUGUUUAGGAAUAAAAUCUAAACAUUUUCAGGAAUUUAGGCACAAACAGUUAAACAACUCCUUUCAUGAGUACUGGUUUCUAUACUAAUUUUUCUCUAAUGUUUUUAUUUUCUGGUUGGUGGAGGACAAAGGAGAUUGUUUUUCUUAUGUAAGUGAGGUGGGGUUGUUGUUUUUUUUCUUUGUUCACACUGUUAUUGCUAAUUUUAACCACUUUCAUAUGGAAUGAUUCAACCACUUUCACAGCUUUCCUUACUGAUUUAUUUCUCGUAAAAAAUUCACUAAUUCAAAUAAGGAAAAUCAGUUUAAUUUAUAGAAGUUUAUAGUUGUGGCUUCCAAAGCCUCUGUAAAUUCAGAUGAAGUCAACCCUGUAGAAUAUUACAAAAGAUAAUGUUUUAAAAGUUUUAUAUUAACUGUCUAGCAAGCAGAAGAACACAUGUAUACAGCACUGAAUGUACCGGUACAUCUUGUCAGCGACAGAAACGAAUUAAGUAUGUCUUAGCUAAGCUCUAGUCAGGGGAUAAUUGAGACAUCAGCUUCAUGCGCACUAUUUUGUUAAAUGUUGCUUUACCAUGGCAUAUUUCAGAGCUACUUAAUUUGACUCCCCUUCGUGCACAUCUACAAAUUAGAAUCCAUCUGGCCCUCCCAAAAAAUAUUAUUGCCACAAAAAACUGAACCUAAGUGGUAUAAGAAAUAAUAACUAGACAAAUAUUCUACUCUCAUUUGUCAUUUUUUCUUGGGGCAAAAGUUAAAACUUUACACUUGAUAUUUACUAAGAGAUUUAUUGUGUAGCUUUUUGCUAUGUGGUUUAGAUUGGUCAUGUCUUUGGCUAUGAAAGAUGACUGUGUCCAUUUUGACCCACAAAAAUAGUGUGAAGACCACUGCUCUAUGUCAAAGCUUCAUAACAACCAGUUUUUAUUAUCAUAAUUAAAUAGUACUUCUUCAUCCAAAUGAAAAGAAGAUGGGUUGCAUAACAGAAAAUUGCAUUUCUUCAAUUUACUCUUAAGACUUGUAUUAUUAGAGCUUUCAUGCAUAUGCCCUAAUGAAAAAUUGUUCCUUCAAGUGUGUCUUGUCCUUCUCUAACCCAUCCGUUGCAUAUAUUACAGGUCAUACUAAUAUUGUAUCUAACGUUCCUAGAGCUCAUUUUGGCAGUACAUUUCUUGUUGUGAAGAUCAUUGUUUUCCUUGUAUGUCAAUAAUUUCUAGUGCAUGUUUGCUUAAUUUAGUUCCUAAUUUAUCCCUCAUCCCCACAAUGCUUGAUGUCUUUAGCAGCCUGAUGACAGUGAAACAGGUAUAUAUGAUCCAGGCAUUUACCACCAACCAAAUGAGUUUGUCUGUAAGGUAAAUCAUUUUUUUUUUCAUUAUUAUCUUAUUUCAGUUUAAAGUGCGCCAUUUUAUAAUAAAGAAUGGUCUAAUGCCUGCCUUCUUGGUAAAACAGUUUCAACUCAAUAAUAAUGAUGUUUGGAUCAUAAUUAUUCGGUUUUCUAAUGAUACAUUCAAGGGGCAGGUGUUAGAGAAUUCUCAUUUGAAUAUUAUCUUGCAGAGGUGUUGUACCAUGUUUUGGUGGGAUUUUUUUUCCAUAGUUGGGUGUAGUCUUGCUGUUGUAUUUAUUUUUACAAAAUCGUUCUUUAACACUGAAAAAAUAUUGUCUCUCACCUGGACUAGUUCUAACUUAAGACAAUCUAUUUAUUAUUAUUUUGUUUCAAUGUUUGUAGCAGAUCAAUAUUAGAGAUAAUUUUUAAAAAAAUACAAUAAUUAAUUUUUAUAUUUGUUUUUAACAUGCUUAUAAAAGUGUUGUAAUGCUGUGAAGCUUUCAAGUAGAUUAUUUACACAAAUUAUCUGUGUCUCUUUAAAACAUUAUUUUUUAAGCUGUAAUUAUGGUUACACAAAAAACAAAUUGAAAAGUUUCGGCAAAUGCCUUCAUCAGCACAACAAAAACAUUCAUAUAAGUAUAAAUUAAAUUUACAUCAUAUAUAUAUAUAUACCUAAACAUAAAAUAAAAGAAUGAGAAUGGGCACAAGUUCAUAAUGAAAACAAAGCUCAGAAAAACAGGGCUAACAUAACUUUAAUAUUUCAGUUUUGUAAAUGGUGGCAUUUUAGAUUAUGUAUAUAAGUAUGUAUAUAAGGUUGACAACAUUAAUCAGUGGACAAAAAAAAAUGCUGUGGAAUUGAUAUUAAUAUCAUGAGCUGGUAUAAGGCCAUAUAAGGUCAUAUACUUUCAGUGUCAAGCAAUUGGAUAAGAUCUAAGAUCUCACAAGACAAAAAAAAUGUAGUUUUAAAAAAUAAUAGUUGUAUAUAUUAGUAUAAUUUAAGACCUUCAAUGAAGAUCUUGGCCCUAAUUUAAUUAAUUUAUUUGAAUUGUAGAGUUAUGACAUGUACAGACCACGCUCCUUCUAAUCACAAUCUUUAUUAAAGACAAUUGGUUUACUUGGUUAUUACCGGUAGUUGUAUUCGCAUUGUAUGGGAUAAUUUGUUUUCACUUGUAGGGUUUUUUUUUUAUUUAGUUUUAUAUAUUAAUAUAAUGUACGACCUUCAAUGAAGAUCUUGGCCCUAAUUUAAUUAAUUUAUUUGAAUUGUAGCUUUAUGACGUGUACAGACAACCCUUCCACUUUCUGCAAUCCUUAUAAAAGACAAUUGGUUUAUUUAGUUAUUAGGUGUAUUUGCAUUGUAUGGGAUAAUUUGUUUUCACCAGUAGGGUUUAUUUUUGUUUAUAUUGUGGGGAGGCUGGAGAGUGAUGAAUAACUUUUCUUAUCUUUCUGGGCAUUAGUUACUUUUUGUUACAGUUGCCUCCUGCUAAGACUUUGUCAUUCAAAAUGAAAUUUCGUCUGCCUUCACGUAACAUGAGUGUAACUACAAUUUUUUUUAUUUUUUUAUUUUUUUUUUUUAAACUUUGCGCUAAGCCUUCCUGUUCAGAGUGAUCGACAGUUAUGACUCUGUGCUUACUUCAUAUGCAAGCAGCCUGAUUUCCUGGUGAAGCUAAUGAAUUUUCUUUCACCCCAUCAUUUAUUUUCACCACAUACAUGCCUUUCUGCUGAUUUAUUCUUAAGCGAAUAUUUCUUAAAUACCUAAUUUUGACCCUAUAUAGUUUUUCUUUAUUCACAUCUGUAAUAAAAGCACAUUCUUCCAAAUGGAAUGCUCUCACCACUAAUCCUAAAUGUCUGUCAGACUUGUAUGAGCACUUCAUGUCUAUGAAACUAGAAUUCUGUGUAUGUGGAUUCUAUGAAUUUUUUUUUCUGGCAUGGCAUUUCAAAACUAGGUUUGAGCAUCAAUAAGUGUUUCAAAAUCUAAUAUUUAUCAGGAAACAAAAAAAAAUUGUUUUUUUUUCUUUUUAAAACUUUUGUUAUGUAACUUGCACUGUGCAUGUAGCAUAAGAUCCUUAAACCUUUGGCUGAACAUGUCAAUUUCUUAGCAAACCUCCACAUAUCAUUUAUACUGCAGUCCUCAGGUUUUUUUGGGGGGGGGUUUUUUCGUUCCUUUUGGGGUGGGGCUGUGUAUAUAGAAACUUGCUGAAUACUGAAAGCUAUUUACUUAAUGUUUUAUAAAGUCAGAUAUGCUGUUUUUGUUGCUCAAACUACUGAAAGCUCAAAUUGUGGAAAAAUGAUGCCUAUUUUUGUACUUAAAAGUAUUUAAUGUUCAUGGCAUUUAUAGUUUCACUCAGUCCAAUUUUUAACAAAAAAAACGUAUCAAUGUAAUAAACAUAAAUUCACUUUCAUUAAAAAAUUUAAUAAAAAUUAUCAAUGUAAUUUACAAGUAAUGACACCAUGAAUGGGGGUUGGAGAGUGUUAUUGUUUCAGUUGUCCCUUGUUUUCAUAUUUUGUUAAAAACUACCUCUCUCUACAGCUAAGAGUGAAAGCUCUGCAUGACUACAACGCUAAACGUAAUGAUGAAUUGUCUUUUUGUAAGGACGCAAUAAUUACCAAUGUCACAAAACAAGACGGAGGAUGGUACGUACUGUUUUUUUUUGCUCAGACUGUGCCUGGUCAUCAUCUCAUUUAUGUUCAUUUAUAAUACAUCUGUAUAGUCUGAAAAAUUAAAUCUACAUUGAUUUAUUUUAUAUUUUAUGCAUAGUUUUAUAUAUGAUUCAUUACAUUUUUAAAAUACGAUUAGCUUUUUUCCUAAACUAUUGCCAUAAAACAAUGGAUAUCAUCAAGGCUUACAACUCAUUUACAAAACAGGUUUUGAUUUUAAAUUGAUAACUUGUUUUUCAUUUGUUUUUUUUUUAAAUAAAAUCUAUCUAGCGUCCUCAUAGGUGACUGUUUUUUUUUUUAAAUUUACAGUCCCCAUUCUGAUUCUUUUCUUCUCGUUUUCGGUGUAGGUAGGUGUUACAUAUAUAUUAUCGUCUUUUAAUUUAUAGUUAUAUUAAUUUUUGUUUUUUGAUUUUAAAUUUAUAAUUUUUUUUUUAUUUUUUUUUUUUUUAAAUAAAAUCUAUCUAGCGUCCUCAUAUGUGACUGUUUUUUUUUUUAAAUUUACAGUCCCCAUUCUGAUUCUUUUCUUUCAGUUUUAGGUGUAGGUAGGAUAUACAUAUAUAUUAUCUAAAUUUAAUUUAUAAUUAUAUUAAUUUUUGUUGUUGUACUGAUGAAGGCAUUUAAAAAUUGUUUAUCAUUAAUCUUUUUAAAAUAAGCACUUAUCAAUUUUUUAAUUUGUUUCCUGAAAAAUAAAAGAAGCUUUUUUUAAUCGUUCUAAAGAUUUAAUUAACUUUUCACAAUUAAACAUAGAACUUAAACAUAUUUCCUACAGGUGGCGUGGUGAUUACGGGUCCAAGAAACAGAUGUGGUUUCCGUCCAACUUUGUAGAGGAGAUGGAUCAGCAGUCUGAAAAUUCAAAUGAGUCCACUCCUUUGGGUGUUCUUCAACAAGGGUCAAUUGAAGUUCAGGGAUGUCUAAUUGGUGUGUCUUACUUCUAGACUCGGGACCGUAGGGGCUGUGCUUUAUUAAAUUACAGUUUCCUUUCCAAAGUCAUUUGACUUAAAAUAUUUCUUAUGAUUCUGUUUUAACUGUGAUGUUGAGUUAUUUCAUAUUAUACAGUCAACUGGUAUACUUUAACAUAACCUUUUUUCUGUGCACAUUUGCAUUUCAUAAUUAUUAUAAACUUUUUUCCCCCAAAGAUUUGGUAUUUAAAAUUGAUUCUACGCAACAUGAUAUGGGCUUUUAAACCACUACAUUAAUUUAAAACACAUCAAUCAAAUGGUCAUUGUCAACUCUUAUUCCCAGAUGGCCUAUUGUUUAAAAUCAUGUUGGUUUGUUUUUUUAAGCUGAUAGCCAUGGGGUACGACCACGUAGUAAAAGCUUUUUUAUUUUCUGGGAGAAAAGAAUGGGGAGAUUGGUUCUACCUUCAUGGUGUGUUAGGCAUGUAAACAUGGUUUGGAUGACAGUACCAUGAUUUGAAAGGAAAGUAAUUAUUCAGUGCUAGUUAUAGCCUGCAAUACAAUUGUGGCAGCAAUGCGUGAACUUCCCAUCUACUUAAGUUACUUGACAAAACAUUCACUCAAGUAACAAGAUUUUUAAGACUCUUACUCCACCUCCCCCCAGGGUACACCUUUUUUCAUGCCCUGAACAGUAUUAAUAUUCUGAUGUCCCACCCCCUUUUUACACCGAAGAUUUAUAACACCAUAUUUAAAUUGAGACUAUAUCAAUUUCCGUAAAACAAGAAAAUAUUUUGCACCAGAUUCACCUUACAGUAUAUUUGAAACAUCUCAUUUGGUGAAGUCAUCAGGAAUUUUAUUUUGUGCACCAUUGAACUCACCAUUACUCUAUACAUUCUUUUCUUUCAUGCCUAGAGAAUUAUAAGUAUUGAUGAAUUAUCCUAUUAUUUUUUUUAUUUUUUUUUAAAUUAUAUUAUUGGGUUCCUUAUAAUUAGCUUUACUCAACUUACUAGAAAUGUGUUUAGAAACAUGAUUUUCGAACCAACCAGAAUUUUAAAAAGUAGUCUGCAUCUACUGGACAAGCUGCUCUGUUUUACACAAAUUUGGACGUACCCCGUGGAGGUUCACUAUCUUAAACUUUGCCUCGACGAGCUUUUAUCAGAAUCGUUUUAGGAAUGCAAACUCCUAACAUAUUGAGUUAUUACAAAGCAGAUUAUGAAAUUGUCCCAUUUUAUCUUUUGGCUCCCCAAUAAAUUUAAUUUUCUUAAGUUCUUAUUUCUUUCCCCAGAUGUUAUGCCUCCAAGAGGUGGUUUUCUCAAGCUCUUAUUUUUUUCCCCCAGAUGUUAUGCCUCCAAGAGGUGGCAGAUUUAUGUUUCGAAUAGCCCCACGCAACAACAUCCCACCCAUAGAAAUAGCCGUGGAUUCAGAGGAUGAAAUGAAGGAGUGGAUGGAGAAAAUAUCUGUAUCCUCAUCAACAGCCAUCCAGAGGGUGAGCAUAUUCUAGACCUAGACCAAAUUUUGGUUUGUGUUUAAAAAAAAUUUAGCGACGAGACCAAAGCUGUUGUUUCAGUGUACCAUGAGUGAAAGAAAGUCACUUGACCUAUAUGGGCUAAAACAUUUGCGGGGACGUUUUGUACUAUUAUGCAUUAACAGUGCUAAAACCUGCAUGCCUGGAUAUUUGUCGUCAAUAUUUCUAUCCAUUUGAGUUUGUGUUGUGUUGUUUUUUUUUCAAGCAGUGUAAGGCAAUUAUUUCAAGUUCAGCUUGAUUAAUUUUUGAAAAAUUUUAAAAUGUCGUUAUUCUUAUUUUUCCAUUGCUUUCGGGGUGAAGAAAUUUUUAUGAUUUCCAGACAACUGGUCAGAAGCAGCUGGAGCGCACCAUGAGGAUUGCCAGAGAGUUCUCAGAUCUGAUUGUCUACUGCCGGGCUGUACCUUUCAACCCAGACGGUAACAGAAAUAAUUACAUAGCUUGAAAUAGAGUUGAAAAAAAACGUAUUGUUAUGAAUGAAGUUAUUUAAAUACUGGAGUCCAGACUUGAUAAUAUUAUCUCCAUUAGUAAUCUAAAGCAAGAUAUAAUUUUAUUCUAUUACUAGAUUCCUCCUUUUUGCCAUUACGUAAUCAUGAUAUCAAUUUAAGGCCAUUCAUAAGGGUGGCCAGUUAUAAAAAGCACACUGUGAGGCCAAAAUAAAUAAAUAAGAGUAGAUUAAGAUUUUACUCCAAAACUCAAUUUAUGUUUAUCAACAGCCUCUUAAUAUUUACCAACAGACAAUCUCCCAUCAAUGUUUCUGUAUCCUCUAUGUAACGUAACUGUUACUUCCACAGAAAUACCAGGACCAUAUUACGAGAUGUCAUCUUUUCCAGAGACUAAAGUUGAAAAAUGGGUGAACAAGCACAGAGCUAAGCAGUUUAUAGGGUAUCCUUUUAACUUUGUAGAGUCUUGAUAACCUUGACUUCAAAUGUUCACAUGUGGGAUCGUUGAUUAAAUUUAAAUCCAGCAACAAUUAGGCAUUUUGUCACUCUUUAAAUGUGCUAAAGCACCUCAUAAAAUAUGUUUCUUACAGCACCUUAUGAACAGAUUCUCUGCACUUUGAUGCAAGUUUAAAAAAAAUUCAAGGCCAAUUAAAUAUUUUAAAGAAGACAAUGUGGGAAAUAAAAACUCUUAAAUGAAUUUUAGUACAAACUUUUGCUGAAUUUUAAAAAAACAAAAAACAUUUUUACCUUAAAAUUUUUAUCACAAAAAUUCCACAUAUUAAACUUGAAGUAAAGAAAGACAGCAUAAAUGUGUGUGAGAUAUCCACAAAAAAAGCGUCAUUUCAUUUAAAUCUGAAAAUUGAACUACAUUGUCUAAAAGAUUUAAAGAAUAUUCCAAAAGUAAAUCACAAAGGAGAGCAAAAACAUUGGUAAAUCUAAAAACACAGGCGUCGAGUAAUGUUAUCCUUAACCCAAAAUUCUAACAGCUACCACAGAAAACAGUUCAGCAGGGUGUAUCCUAAAGGUCAAAGGGUGGACUCGUCAAACUAUGACCCUGUACCCAUUUGGAACUGCGGGUCUCAGCUGUUGGCCUUAAACUACCAGACAAGUGAUAGGGCCAUGCAGCUCAACCAGGGACGGUUCCUCAUGAAUGGCAGGUCAGGUUAUAACAGCCAUCAAAUUCUAUGUUGGUAGUGAAUUGUUAGAAAAUCUGUAUCAAACGCUUGCUACUCAGACCCUUUCACAGGGGUUGUCAGCUAUGCAGCUGUGAGAAAGCUGCUCCAAGGCGACCGUUUUGUCUCAACCGAAAGACUCCUUGGGUGGUGGGAGGGUUGUAACGGCACACCAUUGACCCCGGAGUGGAAGCAAACCCGCCCAAACCCUCAGGAGAGUUGACUGCAGACACUUUAAAUGCAAUGUCUUUGGUCGGCCGCAUGUCUCCCAGGCCAGGGGGGAGGUUCCAGGCGUGCCGCCGCAUGGUCUGUUGGUGGGGAAAUAAGGCAUCUGGCCCAUGUGGAGGUGUGCUGGGGGGGAAUUAAGAGCUUGCGCUCGACGGCCCACCGACAUCAUUUCUAAAUGUGAUGUAUUUAGUCAGCUGGGCAUCAUACUCAUAGGGCCUUAAAUUUACACAGGGAUGUACAACUACACAAGCACAUGCCUUUCUAUAUUUUAUAAGAAAAACAAUCAAUGAAAUUUGAUAUUUUUCAAAGUGAGAUUUUGAAAACAUUUUGAAUAAAGCAGUUUUAUAACUAAAGUUAGGUGCUUAUAAAAAUCUACCAGGGGCCUCAAAAAUUCUAAUGGCUGUGGCCUCUCCGGAACUCUGAUAACAAUGCAAGAAAAAGAAAGUGGAUAGAAUGAUUAUAAUAAUAUUAUUUCAUUGGUCAGUUAUUUUUCUGUUAUGUUUGAUAAGAUAGUUACAUCAUUACCGUAGAUGUACACACCUUAAGCUCACAUAAUCUGUGAAGCUGCCGAGAUGAUAACAUGAACUCAUGCAGCCAGGGAAAUAGUAUGCGUGGUCAUCAUCUCACAGCCGAACUUGGCAGAGAAUGGGUUAUUGUUCUUAUUCUAGCUGCAACAAUUCAUUUGUUAAGUUUAUAAAAAAAAAAAAAUGUUUCACGUUUAUUUUGGCUGUAGGAGCUUAUACAGGUGUUUCACUGCUAAACUCUGCCCCCUCUAGGUGUGGGUAUGUCCUGCAACCUGCGCUCUUCAAGAGUGACCUGUACAGCCCCUAUGAAAAGAAGUUCCUGUCGGUACUUAAUGUGGAGCCGCUUACGCUUUCAGUCACUGUAAGUCAUCUGUCUCUCUUAGUCAUCCAUCUCUGUAAGUCAUCCACCUCUGUAAGUCAUCUAUCUCUCUUAGUCAUCCACCUCUGUAAGUCAUCUGUCUCUCUUAGUCAUCCACCUCUGUAAGUCAUCUGUCUCUAUUAGUCAUCCGCCUCUGUAAGUCAUCCACCUCUGUAAGUCAUCUGUCUCUCUAAGUCAUCCACCUCUGUAAGUCAUCUGUCUCUCUUAGUCAUCCACCUCUGUAAGUCAUCCGCCUCUGUAAGUCAUCUGUCUCUCUAAGUCAUCCACCUCUGUAAGUCAUCUGUCUCUCUAAGUCAUCCACCUCUGUAAGUCAUCUGUCUCUCUUAGUCAUCCACCUCUGUAAGUCAUCUGUCUCUCUAAGUCAUCCACCUCUGUAAGUCAUCUGUCUCUCUUAGUCAUCCACCUCUGUAAGUCAUCUGUCUCUCUAAGUCAUCCACCUCUGCAAGUCACCUGUCUCUCUUAGUCAUCCACCUCUGUAAGUCAUCUGUCUCUCUUAGUCAUCCACCUCUGUAAGUCAUCUGUCUCUCUAAGUCAUCCACCUCUGUAAGUCAUUUGUCUCUCUAAGUCGUCCACCUCUGUAAGUCAUCUGUCUCUUUUAGUCAUCCACCUCUGCAAGUCACCUGUCUCUCUUAGUCAUCCACCUCUGUAAGUCAUCUCCCUCUGUAAAUCAUCCACCUCUGUAAGUCAUCUGUCUUAGUCAUUCAGCUUUCUAAGUCAGUACUGUCCAACCUGCCAGCAGCAUGAGCUGACUUUAAAGGGCCCACCACAUCUGGAGACAUAUUUAUGAUGUGUGUAAAAAAAAAAAAAAAAUUUAAGGUGAAAGUAAUAAAUUCUGGAUGAAUUUCCCCAACUGUAGAAAGGUAGUAAAAUUUUGACCAUGUUUUUGGAAGCACCCUACAUCAGUGGGGCUGGAUGCUCUGCAAUGACCAAAGUCUAGUUAAAGGAAGCACCCUCCAUCAGUGGGGCUGGAUGCUCUGCAGUGACCAAAGUCUAGUUAAAGGAAGCACCCUCCAUCAGUGGGGCUGGAUACUCUGCAGUGACCAAAGUCUAGUUAAAGGAAGCACCCUACAUCAGUGGGGCUGGAUACUCUGCAGUGACCAAAGUCUAGUUAAAGGAAGCACCCUACAUCAGUGGGGCUGGAUACUCAUCAGUGACCAAAGUCUAGUUAAAGGAAGCACCCUACAUCAGUGGGGCUGGAUGCUCUGCAGUGACCAAAGUUUAGUUAACAAAUGAAACCGCUGUGACUGGUGAACAUUCAGGGUAAGUAUCUCUAAUCCAAUAUCUGAAAUGAACAAAAUGGCAAGUACAAAUCAAAGCAAAAUUUCAUUAAAAUGGGUAUCAGUUUUGAUCCGCUUUAUUUAUAUUUUUGAUAAGCUUAUUAUGCUUUUGGAUGUAUGACGCUUUAUGCCAUUGGAUGUAUGACUCUUUAUGCCAUUGGAUGACUCCUUACGGAUGAGGUAAGAAGUAUUAAUAAAAUGAAUAAUUUUCUUUUUAAAAAAAAAUAUUUCUCUUGAGAUGUCAUUUGCAGCCCUGGGGUUGGCGGAAACAAAUUUUGGCCCGCGUAGUCAAAAAGGUUGGACAGCACUUCUCUAAGUCAUCCAUCUCUCUGUGUUAACUGUUUCUUUUAGUCAUCUCUACUUUUCUUUGUGAUAAUAUUUUAAAGUUUUAAGAAUAGUCAAAACGUUCAAAAUAGUUAUUGUAUAACAGCCUUCUCAUUUCAUCAGGAAAUCAUUAUGUCUUGAUCCCUAGUGAGCUGAAAGUGGCUGUAAUAUAGGGUGACUAUAUCAUGAACUGGAAAAAACGGGUCACACAGCUAAAGAGGGCUCCAGGGGCCUCCGCCGGAAACUGUUUAUUGAAAUAUGCUCAUUUAAACUAUUUUGAGACCUAGAAAUCUUUUUAAAUUUACCUUCACUUCUUUAAUUAAAUUUCAACUCUUCAGGCAUGCCAUAAACGAAAACAAUAAUUUUACAGUGAAUACUUAUUUAUUUUAACAUAUUUUAAACAUGUGUAAAAUUCUCUAGUCUAGGAUUUAAAUUGAUGAUAUUUGGCUGUUGUCCCAGCCAUUGAUAAAAUCUCCUUCUUAUCAAAAAUAAAGUUGUCAAAACUAGAACAGAAAAUGUGUUUGGUUUUAGAAACAGGGCAUUUAGGCAUCCCGAGAGACACCGGGUACGAUCGUUAAAAAACUAGAGAAUCCCGUUUUUACGGGAUGUUUGGUCACCCUACUGUAAUAUUAAGAAUGCUAUAUGUUGCGGAACAGAAGAUGGCUAAAAAUAAGAUGGAGGGGGGGGGUGUUAUAGUGAAACUGUCUUUGUUAACAUUAUUAUUACUUAUUUACCUAAUUUAUACAAAUCUUGCAUCCUCUCCCCCUCCGCCCUCAGAUCAUAGCAGCAAGGCAUCUUGUUAAGCAAAGCAGGGGAACGGCCAGUCCUUUUAUUGAGAUUGAGAUUGCCGGCAUGGACUGUGAUAACCAAAAGUACAAAACUGCCCCAUGUUGUAAGUACUGCACAUCGCUCAAUCUUUCCCGAUUGGGAAAUAAUUGUAAAUUUUAAAAAAAAACAAAAAAAAAAAAAAACCACAACUGUGCACCUCGUUGAACUGACCUAGACCUAACCUGUGUUCUUAAAGAGGCUUAAUUAGAAAAUAGACAUUGCUUAUCCAAGUGUGCUGAGAGAACCUGUUGGCUGAGAGGUAAACCACGGUGAAGAUUUUCAACAAAAAAAGUAUUAUCUGGCUUCACAAUUACCCUGCUGUCAGAAAUAUCCAAGACUGAGGCUAAGAAAAUAUUACUGGCAUGAGGCUAAGAAAAUAUUACUGGCAUCACUGGCAUAAAUCCGUUUUAAAUUUUGGUCGCCGUCUCCUUUGAAAGCAAAGGUGUGCACACAAAGCAAUCCUAGCAGCACACAAAGCAAUCCUAGCAGCACACAAAGCAAUCCUAGCAGCACACAAAGCAAUCCUAGCAGCACACAAAGCAAUCCUAGCAGCACACAAAGCAAUCCUAGCAGCACACAAAGCAAUCCUAGCAGCACACAAAGCAAUCCUAGCAGCACACAAAGCAAUCCUAGCAGCACACAAAGCAAUCCUAGCAGCACACAAAGCAAUCCUAGCAGCACACAAAGCAAUCCUAGCAGCACACAAAGCAAUCCUAGCAGCACACAAAGCAAUCCUAGCAGCACACAAAGCAAUCCUAGCAGCACACAAAGCAAUCCUAGCAGCACACAAAGCAAUCCUAGCAGCACACAAAGCAAUCCUAGCAGCACACAAAGCAAUCCUAGCAGCACACAAAGCAAUCCUAGCAGCACACAAAGCAAUCCUAGCAGCACACAAAGCAAUCCUAGCAGCACACAAAGCAAUCCUAGCAGCACACAAAGCAAUCCUAGCAGCACACAAAGCAAUCCUAGCAGCACACAAAGCAAUCCUAGCAGCACACAAAGCAAUCCUAGCAGCACACAAAGCAAUCCUAGCAGCACACAAAGCAAUCCUAGCAGCACACAAAGCAAUCCUAGCAGCACACAAAGCAAUCCUAGCAGCACUUCCAUGCCUUAAAGGCACCAUUGGAAAUCCCUUUUUCCUGAAGGUUAUUCUUUGACACCUAAAACAGCGGUUCUCAACCUGUGGGUCACGAUCCCUUUGGGGGUCAAACGACCCUUUUACAGGGGUCGCCUAAGACCAUUGGAAAACUCAUUUACUCGACAGCAAUGAAGUAGCAACAAAAAUAAUUGCUUGGUUGGGGGUCGCCGCAACAAUGGGAAAACUGUAUUAAAGGGUCGUGGCAUUAGGAAGGUUGAGAACCACUGGCCAGAAAUAACUUUCAGAUUCCCUUUGGGAUGUUGAAGUGGCAACCAUAUGUUUUUUGGGGACUGCCGCUUUGUCACUGGAUCAAACCCGUAAACCCAACUUUUAUCCCAGAAGUGGAGAUUGGCUUGUUCGCCCCCUCCUAUAGCCAAAGGCGCUGAUCAGGAGACAGAUUCAGUGUUUCUGCCAUGCUGUGUGUCUUCUGUGUCUUUGUGAGGAUCUGCUGGCAGAUCUUGAUCCUCUUUUUUUUUUUUUUUUUGGACAGAAAGCUGACACACAAAGCAGCAACAAUUAUCAGUGUUAUCCAAAGGGAUUAGCUUGUCUAGUCAACUAAAUACCGGGGCCAACUUCUGGUCUUUCCUGUUCAAGGCAGGGUUUCAGUGUUUCUGCCAUGCUGUGUGUCUUCUGUGUCUUUGUGAGGAUCUGCUGGCAGAUCUUGAUCCUCUUUUUUUUUUUUUUUUUUUGGACAGAAAGCUUACACACAAAGCAGCAACAAUUAUCAGUGUUAUACAAAGGGAUUAGCUUGUCUAGUCAACUAAAUACCGGGGCCAACUUCUGGUCUUUACUGUUCAAGGCAGGGGUGUAGCUAGUGUUAGUGCCGCUAAGAUUUGCCAACCCUCCUUAUAAAGAAAAUGAGUGCCGCCCUAGGCGGACCGCACCCCCCCCCCCCCCCCCCCCCCCCAACCCCUUUUCUUCCCAAGCCACUGGUUCUAGGUACAGAACAUUUUUUAUCUUGAUACCAUGUGCACAAUUUUUAUAAAUAAUUCAUACCUAAAUAUUUACUCAGUGCAAUAUAAUUAUUUGAAAUAAGCACAAAAGAUAAAGAGCCGUAAUUUCAUAGUGUCUUGUAACCAGUUGCUGCAGUUUUAAAUUAACAAAUUAGAGCUUCAACUUUGGAAAUUUAACUCUGACUAAUCCCCAACUCCUUAGAAACACACCUUUUUUUUUUCUAAUUGGAUUUAAGUAACCCCUGUUGAGUUUUUAAUUGUAUCCGACUGCAAUGCUUUUCAAACUGUAUGCUUGGGGUCAUUUUGGGCUAUGAUGAGAACAAAUCCUAGAUUUAAAUUUUUUUUUAAAUUAUAAGACAUCUUAAAUCCACUUUGUUUUCAAUGGGUUCUUAAAGCAUCUUGAAACGGUUGAAAAUCACUGCUAAAAAUAAAUUACGGGUCUCUGAUACCAUUAUAAAGGAUUAGUCACAAUAGAUUCCAAAACAGCUGCAUCUCUUUUAAGCAACAAUGCCAUGGCUUAACGUGAAGAACUAACAUCUGUUACAGCUGACAACGGCCUCAACCCCCUGUGGUCUGACAACUGUGUGUUUGAUAUUCUUUGUCCCGAGCUGGCAUUGAUCAGAUUUGCCGUGAUGGACGAGGACAUUUUCGGGGAGCCCAACUUCCUGGGUCAGGCCACUUAUCCUAUACUCUGUAUUAAACAAGGUUAGUCCUCUUUUGAAAUUUGUGUUCUUAUCCUUUGAAGCUGUGAGUCCCAACCAUUGUUCCACAGAGCCCUAAGGACCCCUUGUGCCUUUCUCUCGGACUUUGCGUUCGUUCAUGUGAAUUCCUAAAUACUAUUAAUUUGUAAGACAAACAGUAGGCCUAAGAGGCUCCCCCAUAGAAAUUUAUGCUAAAAAAGGUGAGUCAAAAAGGUUGGGAUCCUCUGCUUGAAAUGAAUUCACUAUUCAUUGAUGAAGAUAAACAUACAACACUAAACACAACACUCUACUUCAAUACAAACUCAAAACAUCUAGACCGAUUUAUUUAUUGACAAUACCUUGACACAUAUAUCCUUAAUACACUGACAAGUCUGACUUAUGACAAAAGCUCUGGUGCUGAAAUUAACGCAAACAUCUUUUUUCAAUCCAACUCAGGUUACCGUGCUAUUCCACUUUGUAAUGGUUUUUCUGAAAAAUUGGAGCUUGCGUCUUUGCUUGUCCAUGUGGAGAUGAGAAACCCUAAGGUAACCAUGCAGAAGAAACAUGCUGAUCUCUUCUGCUAAAAAUUACGUAAUUUACUGUUAAAAAGGAUUUAAAUAAUUCGAAAUGGUAUGCUUGAGAAUUUUAGUUCCCAUAUACAUCUGAUCAGAUAUAGGACAAUAUUGGUUAUAUAAAUUAUUUUUGUAGAUUAACUUGUUGGUUGAGUCUGUAAAUUCUUUUUUUUUAUUUUGGUUUGUUUGCCUUAUAAAAAGUCUUAGUGUAAUGGAAAAUUAUUAUUAUUUUUUUUUACUUUUUAAAAAUAAAAUUGCUUUAGUCCAUAGUUUGCCACCACAACUUAAUAAACUAGGAUCUAAUUUGUGCUUCUAGAUACAGGUUCUUUAGGAGACCUUAAGACAUGUUGUUGCCUUUAUAAAAGGGCGGAAAAACACUUCAGUAAUAAUCCUGAAAAAUAUUAUUUGCAAUGAUCACAUUCUAAAGCUUGAGAUAUUUAGUUUAAAUUUUUUUUUUGGAAUCAUAUUUUAAUACUAGAGCUCAUGGUGCAUAAAAUUUCAAAUUAUUACUAUUAUCCUAGGAAGGGGAGGAGUCUGAUAUAUAUGCCAGCAUACAAGAACUGAGGGAGGAGUCAGAUAAGUUAACAGCUGAGCUGGAGACUCUAGAGAUCAGGGGAGAUAAGGAACAUGCUAGUGUUGUCAAGAGAGAACUUCAGGUGACACAGGAGCGUCUGCUUGCAAAGCACAAAGAAAGACAAGAGAGAAAGUAAGAUAUCCUUUUCUGUUGUUUUUUUUGUAAAUGGGUUGCCUGCUACCGCCAUGUUUUAGGUUUUUUUGGUAAACCUAAAUUAGUGAUAUAUUGGUGAUUAAUCUUUGGGGCCCUCUUUACUUAUUGUCAAGCAAAUUGUUAUGAGUUAAGAAGAGAGCCUGUCGCGCAAUAUCUAUGUCUUUUUUUUUUAUCUCUCCUUGAUAAAUUACCUAUAUACAAGAAAUCUCAGUGCUUUGCUUAGCCCAAAUGGACUGUGAGUGGUUAGAAGUAAAAUCUGGAGUCAGACAAGGCUGCGUUCUGUCACCGCUGCUUUUCAUUAAAGACAUGGACAAAAUUACAAAAAAUGCCAAAUGUAAAUCACGAGACACUCAAUGACUUGCUAUUUCCAGAUGACCAAUGCAUCCUGAACAAUAACAAGAUACAGUUACAGAGCUAUGUUGAUAUAUUGAAUACCUGCUAACUUUAUAGAAUGAAAAUAAGCAAAGCUAAAACCAUGGUCAUGUGAGUAGGACAUACCCCAGAAAAAAAUGGACAUAACUUUCAGUGGUCAGCUGCUCUAUCAAAACCAGGAGUUUAAAUAUCUGGGAAGCAUUUUCACCUUGGAUGAAAAUUUGGAUAGAGACAGGAGUGAAGCGGGCAAAUGUAGGAGCCAACAAAUCACCCCGCUACUAAGACACCCAAGAAUAAAGUUGGAGACCGAACCCUGGUGUAUUAAUGCUGUCUUUAUUCCAACCCUUACUUACCAGUGUUAAACCUGGGCUCCCAAUCAAGGUCUCGAGAGAAAAAUAUAUUCACCUGCGAGAUGAGAUGUUUAAUGUGAGCUGCUGGUUAAACAAGAGACCACGUUUGGAACCAGGAAAUAAGACAAAUGGUUGGGGUCAUCUCAAUGGGCCAAUAUUGGCCCAACAAUAAAUCAACUAGUUUGACCACCUGGUCACAAUGAUUCAAAGCCUGUUGACUAACCUGCAUUGCAAGCUUACAAUAGCAGGCAAUCCAUUUCAGGGCUAGACGAAGACUACGGCAUCGGUGGAUUGACUGUGUUAAGGGAACCCUAAAAAUUCACAUGAGCCUCCAGCAGGCCUCACACCUUGCGGCAGUAUAAUAAUAAUAAUAAGAGGUCUUAAAUAGCGCGGUACCCCAGCCUAGGGCUGGGCUCACCGCGCUGUACAUAAAAAUUUUAUCAAAAGAAACAUAAUCAUGACAUUAAAAUAAAAUACAUUUAUGAAAUAAAGAACAGCAAUGUAUAUUCACCCACCCCACCACAUAAAUUUUACAAGGCAAACCAUGGACGGCAGCCAGCAAGAUCGUUUAUCAGUCAGAGGAGGGGAAUCAGUCAUCUAUAACUCCCCACAACGCCUCCCCAUUAAAAACGGAAUAAGAAUAAGAGAAAUUAUCAAAGUUUCAAUACUUUUGUUUUUUAAAAACUCAAAUGAGGGAUUAUUUUACAUUUUAUGUGGUUAUUUUUUCUUUUGAAUUUGAAUUUUAAUGUCACUGGCUUACAUUUUCUUUGUCCACAGAUCCAAUUCCAGGCACCAAGUAAAAUACAUUCGCCAAUCUAACACAUGAAACUCACAUUGGACUGGCUUUAAUUCUUGAGGUAUUCAAGACAGUAUUCAAUAGUUAACAAAUUUUUUUUUAAACAGUCACUGCAGGGAUGCCACUAAAUGGGUUUUCUGCACAUUAAUUGUUAAGAUUAGAAAUAUGGAGUUUAUUAUACCGGUAUACACUAAAAAUGUGAGUCUUAACUGUCAAGUUUUGUACAGAUAUACUAUAUGCAUCUUUGAGUGUACUUGGAUGAUAUUUUUUUUUAUUAAAGACUACAGACAAAUGGAUGCAGUUAAAAAAUUGUCCCCUGAUAUCUAGGCAUAUUUCUAGAGUGCUGUGGAAAAAGGGAUUCAUUUAUUUUACUUAAAAUAGUUUUAAUGCAAGUUUAUUUUUAAUUGAUCAAGAAUAUGUUCAGGAGGUUCACAUUAUCACCUACUACAGAACACAGUUUUCAUCACAACUCUGAAGCGUGCAGACUACAGCACACCUGCUAUUGCGCACACAUUAUAGUAUAGCACAAGGACUACAGCACACCUACUACAGCACACCUGCUAUUGCACACACAUUAUAGUGUAGCACAAGGACUACAGAACACCUACCACUGCACACAUUCAGCCCAAACCACUACUAAACAUGUUGACCACUGCCAAACACCUCGAUCACAUCGCUAGAACACAUCAGAUCUUCAUCUUUAUUAAUGUGGAUUAUAGUAAGAAAUUGAUAUUGAACACAUGUUGAAACAGUUACAGGAAUGUAUAGUAUUAAUCCUUGAGUAGUUAUAAAGUAUUUUGUUGCAUGCUAUGAAGCAUCAGUAUUUUGUUGGUUAAAUUCUUCAUAGCUUGAUGAAUAUUCCACACUCAUUGAUUUACUAGUUAACUGCAGCAUAUACGUUAAAUUGUUUGUUUGCUUUUGUUUAUUUUUCUUACACAAAAAGUUGAAUUAAGAUGAGUUGUCAAAGACAUUUAGUGAUUUUCAUUUAACUUAUAAAUUAUUGAUGAAUAAAAUCAUUGCUUUGAUUGAUCGAUGAAUAAAAUCAUUGCUUUGAUUGCUUACCAA